GAUGGAUAAGAUAAGAUAAAACUUUAUUUGCAUUAGCCAAUGGCUAUAGCAACAGUAAAAUAUAUUUUAUAAGGAACAGUUAAAAUGUCCGUCUUCAGAACUUCUUCAGGUUGGAUGUCAAAAAACAAAACAAAACAUGGAUGGCAUGAUAUUGGAGCCCAAAACUCUGCAGUUCGUUACAGACUUGACAUGAAGUACAUAGGAGGUAAUAAGUAUACUCAGGCUACAAUACACACCUGGAAGUAGGUCCCAUUGAAUUCAGUUGAGUAAAGAUGGGUAGGUUAGUGCUGUGAGUUAUUGUCACUUAUAACAUACCUCAGGGGGUAGCUAGACUUCAGCCUUACUUACUUCCACCAACAAGAUCCAGGUGCAAAAUAUUUAGAAUUAAAGAAUUCUGAGCCUAAGAACAGGUUCUGAGUACCAGAACUAAACUGAACAGCAAGUUUCCAAUUCUUCCACACAAAAAUCCACUCUUUGUUACAUCAUGCAUUUUCCCCAUGCCUGGUCUUCAAAUCACCAAUGUAACUUGAGAUAAGGGUUUGUUUUGUUGUUGCCUUUGUUAAACAGGGUGAAAAAUCCUUGCCUGUCUACUUCAGAUCACCAGUAGAUUUACUCACCCCUGCCAUUGAUAGUUACUAUAGACAACUAUGACUUACAUGGAACCCAAAACAUUUUGUCUAUCAAUAGCUUUCACAUAUAUUUGGUAAGAGGAAACAGCUUGUUUCACUUGUCUCAGUAAACUACUACUAACACAGAGGUGUUUUUUUGGGGGUGGGUGGGUGGGAAUCAGGGAUUGAAACUGCAUCGUUUAAGGAAAUUUCUGAUGGAAUUGUUAACAUUUUAAAAUGCUUCUAGGUCCCAGUCGGUGUGGAAUACAAAAUCAUAUUUGAUCCAAGUAAAUCCAGAAGUUUUGUGACUAGUAUUUCAUUUCGUCACAGCAUCCCUGCGAGGUAGGUUAGGCGGAGAGCAGCAACUGACCCAGGGGCGCCAAGUGAGUGGGAAUUUGAAACCUGGUCCUCCUAAGUCGUGCUCCCAAACGCUAACUGAUAACCCAAAACUGUCAUUGCCUUCUAGAGUUCUGGAGGUCCUCUGUUUUAGCUAUGAAGCAACCGAUGAGCAUACCAAAGUCAAGUCCCGAGUCUAAAUAUUUGCAGCAGAAAUAACCUGAAGGCGCUAAGCUCUUUGCCCGACCGUAAAGUAAACAACUGUCAUAAUGGUGCUUCGGCGCCGAGACAAAGGACAGAAGUUCCUGUGCAACCCUCGAGGGUCUCUUUGCAGGAGCUCUCCCGAAAGUUGCCCUGCCCGGAUUGCAGCCUCCCCGACCCUCCCUCUAGCGCCUGCGUAGUGGAGCCUCCCUCUCUCUAGGGCAAGCGGAGAUUCCUUUCUCCCAGUGUCAGAUUUGCAUCCCGGCUGGAAGGAAGGAGCAGAAAAGGGUAAGGAGAUAAAACUGCAUGCCUUGCUGCCUUUGCUGUGGGAGAUAAAAACCCUGCAACUUACUCUUUUUUCUCUCUCUUUUGCAGAAAGAAAGGUGAAAUCCGGGUGGCUGUUUUGUUCUCCUCUUUUCUUUCCUGGCAGAAGUAAUGAGAUGGGGCUUCUCCAGGUGCAUCUUCUUUGCUGUUUCCUAGGUAAUUAAACAUUAUUGUUUAAUGUUGUUAUGAACUGCCUUCUUGUUUUAAGCGGUCGGUGUGUAUUCCCUGUUCCCCAAGCUGAGAAGAACUUUGUUAGUCCUGGAGCAGAACUUUUGUUUUUCAUUCAAACCAUCCCGUUUUAACAAAUUUCAGAUGUGCGGCAGCAACAAAAGGGGCUGCAGCACGAACUUUUGCAAGCAAUGGCAUUUGCCCAAGUAACUUAGAAAACUCCCUUGUUGCAAUUUAACCAUCACCCCCCUCCUCUCGUUUCUCGCUGCCCUUAUCUCUUCCCCUUCCUCUCCCUAGAGAUUGCAAGCUCAUUGCGGGCAUAGACCGGUUACGAACGAUCAAGCGGGCUGCUUCCUCCUAAAGUUCCUUGCAGCUGUAAGGAUGCGCUGGAAGUUGGGGCAUUUGCAUGGCUAAGGCUGCAUUCCUGCGCCCACUUACAUGGGAGCAAGCCAGACUUACUUUCGAGGAAGUGCGCGUGGGAUCGGCUGGCAAUCAAAGAGUUGGAGAGUUGGAAGGGACCCUAAGGGUCAUGUAGUCCAACAGCCUGCAAUGUAGGAAUACACGUUGAUGUGGGAGUACAUUUUACGGAAGUGGGUUUACUUCCGCGUAAACCUGCAUAGGAUGAGGCUGCAAAUAGGCUCGGGAUGUAAGGCUGAAGUUCCAACUCCCACCUGGGAGUAAGUCCCAUUGAAUCCACUAGGGCAGGCACCCCCAAACCCGGCCCUCCAGAUGUUUUGGGACUACAAUUCCCAUCAUCCCUGACCACUGGGCCUGUUAGUUAGGGAUGAUGGGGGUUGUAGUCCCAAAACAUCUGGAGGGCCAAGUUGGGGGUGUGUGCCUGCGCUGGGGCUUACUUCCCAUAGGAUGGCACUGUAUAAGGCUUCGAUCCUGUGCGCAUUUUUUAUGGUGCAAGUCCCAUCGAACACAGUGGCAUUUACUUCCGAGUAAACGGGCAUCGGGCUGCGCUUUACAUAAGUCAAUACUAUGUUACGAUUUUUUGCCUGCAUUUUCGCAGUGACUCAUAGCCCACUCCGUCCUGAAAGAUGCUAAGAACCGAUUUUUAACGUAGUCUGUGAACAUUUUAGGCAAACUCAGACCUUUAAAAGAACCCUCACCACCCCAACGGACACGCUGAUAAAGAUAGAUCCACACGUCUGGGGAUUGCAGAAAAGUCCCCAGUUGUUUUUAUUUUGAUUAUACAUUGUGUGGUUUUAUAUUUUGUUUUUGUUCUGUGAGCCGGUAGAGAGAGAGAGAGUGAGUGUAACCCAACCCGCUUUAUGCCGCGAUUCCUAUACAUCCCAGGCUGUAAACCCCAUUGAAAGCAAAUUAGGUCGCGUUCCUUGAGCAUCAGCUUGCUUCGUUAGCUUGCAGCCGUGUAGACAAGCGCGAAGCCUGGGAACCCGCGGAACUCAGUAAGGAGGACGACGCCCGUUGGCGCGUUCGUGAGAAUGGCGUGACACCCGAGUCGCGGGGAAACGCAAGUUCCUCGUCUGCUGCUCAAGCCCCCCUGUUAGCAAAGUGAAAUGAUGCCCUGGAACCGCUUCAGCCUCCAGAAACCUUGCGCGCACGCACACCCCCCCCCCCACCAUAGCGCAUUCCUAGUCAGGUCUACUCGGAAGCAAGGCCCGCCGCGGCGUGCUUGCUCCCAGGUAAGCGCCAAGAGGCCUUGGCUUUCCGCUCCGCCUUCUUCGCGCUCUUCCUCGCCGCCGCCGCCGGUUUGCGUGCGCUCAGCUCCCCAGAGGGAGAAGCGGCCCGGCGUGGAUUUGGGAAGAGUCGUCGCCUGGCGCCAUAUGGCUUUCCUUGCCCGCUUGUUCUCCGCCGCUGGAGAGGCUCCGUCGCUGGGCAAGGAGGGGAGGGAAUGGCGCCGGCUCCGUGAGGGGGAAAUUGGCGGGAACUUGUCCCCCCUCCGCGAGCCGCGCUUUCCCCUCAGCCUCGUGGCUCCGUCCGAAGCCUUCAGACUUGGCCUCCUCUUUGGAGCACGCUUCGCCUCACGACCCUCCAGUUAACAUAUUUAUAUUCCUAUCCCACUCCUUCCUCCAAGGUGGCCUUUCCCUGCUCUCCAUAUCGUCCUCAGGACAACCCUGUGACUUUGGUCAUGGUGUGUCCAGAGCGAGGACAAAAAUGUGGCCGCCUCCAAAUAUUUCUGAUUUCUUAUUCAGGAUGGUGCAGGCGGUUUUACACACAAACACACACACUGCAUUGAGCGGAGAGGGCACAAUAUGGAGACCAUCCCGUUUGGGGGGCACCAAGUUUUGGCCUCACACAGCGUUACAAAAGAUGGCCAAACUUAUUUUCGCAACAGUUCCUUUGGGAAUGGAGUUUGUUGAAGCACCUCACCACCUGCACAUGCUCUCAAGGGCGCUGUUUAUGCGCCCCUUUGGCUCACACCCAGUGCUGGCGAAGUGUUGCCUGUGGGGCAGGUUAGGAAGAGAGAUGGCGGCUGCGCCAAGGCCACCCAGUGAGCUUCGUGACUGAAAGGGGAUUUGAACCCUGGUCCCCCAGGUCCUGGUUCGGGGUUUUUUUAACAACCACGCAGACUCUCAAAAGUUAGUCACAUUGGGACUGCGGCCUUUAUGGGUUGCGCAUGUGCAAGCUUGGUACAACUGGCCCAGCGGCUAGGAUUCAGUCUAAAAACAGAACCCUAUGUACGUUUACAUAGAAGUAUAUUCAUUUCAUGUGCAUCUCAUUGUUCGUCCAAGGCUCAAGGCAGCAUACAAGCUUCUUUCUACGUAUUUUUCAGUUGAGAUUGAAGAAAGAAUCCCUGGCCUAAGGCCCCUUGGUCACAUUCACACCAGUCAUAUUACUUUAACAGUAAUGGUUUCCCCCAAAGAAUCCUGGGAAUUUUGUGUUUAACUUCUCACAGAACUGCCAUUUUUAGCGCCCUUAACAAACAGCAGUUCUCGGGAUUCUUUUUUUUUUUUUUUGAGGGGGGAGGGUUAUUGGGUUGUUGUUUUUAUUUUGAUUAUAUAUUUUGUGGUUUUAUAUUUUGAUUUUGUUCUGUGAACCUCCCUGAGACCUCUGGGUAUAGGGUGGUAUAUAAAUUCAAUAAUUAACAGUGCUUCGAAUGUGGAUGUACCCUGGUCAGCUUCAUGGCUACCGUCACAUUUGAAUCGGGGUCUCAUCAGUCCCAGCAUGACGCACUAAUCCAAUGGUAGCUAAUGAGGGAUCCACCAGAUCCCUUGGACCACAACUCUCAUCAUCCUGGUGGGAACUGUAGUCCACAGAUCCAGAGGGCACCUGGUUGGCUGCCCCUUUUGUAACCAUUUUUCUACACUGGUAUUCUAUCAUACUGCCUUCUUUGUUCUUAUUUCUAGGUAAGAAAUGGGAGGCAGUGUAAAAUUGUGCCUGUGGUCUUUUCCCCCAGUAUCACUGAAUGCUUUAAAUUGAAGGGGGAAAUGGUAGUUAAUAACAAAUGCUUGUCACCUUUUGCUCGUCCUGUACUAAGUUCAAAUAACUCAGUGGGUAGAUAACCAUUCCCCCCUAUAAGUGUUUGGGUUCCUUUUCUAUUUAAUUUUUAUAGUGACAUGCAUAUGUCGUGGAUGGAAAAUUGAAGGAAUUGUGGUCUGGAUGCUCCACCACAGAUCCAUUUCACAAGUUAGUGCAUCUUGCUCAAAUAACUUUCUGAAGUAUUUUCAGUGGUGCACUCAACUGAGGCCUCACUGUGAAGUGAAUUACUUUGAUUUCUCUUUCAUCACCUGGGUGUCCCAUUUGUGGCAACCUAAAUGAAAAAAAUAAACAAACCUAAACCACAGCUCUCCGCAGACAGGAAUGAGACAGAGUUGUGUGAUUUGUCCUGUGGUGAAGAGGGGUCCCUAUAUUUUCAAUAAAUCUGUUUUGUUUUUUUGCUACUUGCCCAGCUUAAAUAACCAUAGAAUCCAGAAUGCUUUUAUUCUAAUCUGGGACAGGAAUCGGUGCCUAUCGCCUGCUUACUUGCAAGUUCACAAAAGCAUUGACAGAGAUUGCUUAUUCUUCAGCAAGAAAAUGAUUUGGCACAACUACAUAGGGUUUAGUGUCUAUCCCUUAUUAUUGUUAGCAUCAACACAUUUAUGAAAUUGCCAUCUGGCAAUUACCCCGUGUGUAAGGUGAUGCUAAUCAUGGCAUCCACCACUGAAACAUCUCCUCUUCCAAAUGCUGAUCUGCUCCUGGCCCUUGCUUCUCCUUCCCAUUUUUAGGCCUUUGGACCAUUGCGGUAGCUCAGGAACCAGAAUUCAGCUACGGAUGUGCAGAGGGGAGCUGCUAUCCAGCCACAGGAGACUUGCUGAUUGGCCGGGCUGACAAGCUAACUGUCACGUCCACAUGUGGGCUUCAAAAGCCUGAACCAUACUGCAUUGUGAGCCACCUCCAGGUAAGUUUUUGCAGAAGAAGACUGUCUCAGAGCAAAGAGGAAUUCGGUUGAGUGUAGUUGAAGGGCAAUUGAUCAUAACAGUCCUGGGUCUUCCUCUCUCUCUCCCCCCAUAGCUGACCAAGCAGCCCCACACCCUCUCUAGAUAAGUAGAAACAUCUGGUGCUGUCCAGAGCUUUGAGAGGAAGCAGACACCAUCCCCCUGGCUCAGAUUUGUUUGUACAGUUGCAUGUGUCCUGCUGUUUCCUGCUCUUGUUUGUUUUUGCUCCCUGAAUGCACCAAACCACCUUCUCCCAGGAUCAUUAGGAGCGUGAGCCCUUCUUUCCUGCAGUCCUAGCUGUGACACCAACAAAAAGUCUUAUCUCAGAUUUCUGGGAAUUCUGUCCAAAAAUGCAGAUAAAUCCCAGGGCUCUUAGUUUUAACAAAAUAUCUAUGUCAUUGGGCAUGUCUGCAUGGGAAGUUACCCCAUUUCUGAUUCAGCUUUUUUUAGUGCUGAAGUCACAUCAGGAAGAAGCAAAUGAUGUGGGUGGGGGAUCCCAUUCUUUAAUUGUGUUUCAAGUCGUUUGGAUGAUGCUGGCCUAAGAUAUUUUGACGCCCCAAAGUUAAACAAAAAACAAAAUACCAACAUCAACAAUCUUAUACUUAAAAGCCAAGUGUGCACUGCAGACAGAGUAGCUACUGUUUGGGAAAGUCAGUUAUUGCCUCCUUGAAUGGAUAGAUCUCACUAUCUAUGGAUCAAGACCACAGGUCAGAACUCGGGCUGCGUUCCUGUAUACACUUACAAGGGAGUAAAUCCCAUAGAAGACAUUAGGAUUACUCUUGAUUAAAUAUUCAUAGGAGUGUGCUGUCUACUUACACGGAGAUUAGUAUUGGGACCACACUGAUGUUAAUGGCUACUAAUUUCCCUCAAACUAGCAUUUAUACUUCAUAUUCUGCAUACUGAUAAGAUGGUUCUUAUAACUAGCCAUUACUUGUGUGUGUGAGGGGGGUGGCAUUUCUGCAUCAGUGUCAAAUUUCUCUUCUGUAGUUCUGGUCACAAUUAAGCGGGUCUUAAUUCCCAAUGCAUUAUAAGUACAUGCAAAAUUUCAGCUGAAGUUACUUGUUCUUAAACUAUAAUUGUUUAUAGACUAGGAAUGUUAAUGGUUAAUGCGAUUGUGGUGUAAUGAGUCCAGAUAUAUUAAUAAAAACAUUCUGCUGAUUGCACUACCCCCAGCAUGAUAUAUGAGAGCUGUCUAGACUACUUCCUUCAUUUACAGUCUCUGGAAAGAUAUAUAGCUAAAAUUCUAGCAAUUUCAGUGUGGUUGUAGAUAUAGACUAAGGAAAUACAGUUAAGCAAACAAGGUCUAAGCAAUACAUUGUUAAAUAACCCAUUCUUUUCCCAGAACAUUUUUCAGAUAUAAAACAAAUUUUGUCAAAAAGAAAAUGAAAUAUGCUUUGAGUAAAUAAAUAAGAGAAAGUAGCAGAGUAGUUUUUAAUCUGAAUUAUGGGGUAAAGCUAUAUCCAGUUUUGGAAGACUCAACCCUUAGAGAUGAUGGUGAAAAUGUUUCUGGUUAUCUAGGUGAGAACACGGCAAUGAGCAUAUGGAAAGUAAAUAUAUCUAUUUGAAGAAACCAAUAAUUGUAAGAGGAAGUUAUAAACAAAAAGGGAGUUGGUGUAUUGGUGAUUAUAUGUAAUACUAGAAGCCUACAAGCCAAUCUGGGGAAGAGGGAGUGCUCAGGUUGAAAAGAGAACAUGGAUAAUACUGAGUAUAUGAGAAUCAUGUUAUCCUGAGAUAAAGAAAGAAAUCGGGAAUAAUCGGGACAGAAAGGGUUUGCAGUAAUGAGGGACUUCAAAAACCUUCACAGUGACCAUGCAAAAUAGAUGUUCAUGUUGCAAAAAAAGGCAAACUUUCUGGAUAGCACAAAUAGCUGUGCCUUGGAAUGUACUGUAAUGGCAUCUGGUGCUCCCUCAAAGGUUGGCUACAAGUCUACCCACUCUGCCAUUCCACUCCCACCAGCAGAAUAUAGCUAGUCAGGGGGCACAGCCCACAGAAAAUACGUUAAUCUAAGAUUUAUAGCUAUUGGUCAUGCUUAUAAAUUCCUUGCCAUCCACACAUGAUAUUAGGCCACCACAGAGCAACACAAUGCAGGCGCCAACUGUACCACAAUCAGCAAAAAAGGAAUUAAUUUGUCUUGAGAGCAGAUAACUCAAGGAAAAAAUGUCACUCAAUACAGAAUUAUAUGCACAUAGUUAAAUAUGCAGGAUAUAUCCUAGAAAACAUUCACACAUUUUAGAGAUAGAGAACAUCAGAUGGGAUAGUGUUUUCUUAUAACCACCUGGAUAAGUUUAUGACAGUGUUGAGACUCAUGGGAUUUGGCCCAUCACUUUUAAUAGAGAGGAGUGCAAUUAGGAAACUAACUGGGUCAGAUGCAUUCUUAUGGGUCUGGUUUGUCAACAAAAAGACCAACAUGUCCUCUCCUACCCAAUCAAUACCUUUUUGCUGCCACCCCUGCAUUCACUAUAAAUUUUUGUCUAGGGCAUUUAUACUGUAUUGACAGCACUGCAAUGCAAUAUGCCACAUUGGUUUCCAUAGCCGAUUGUUGACAAUGACAUCAGUGUUCCUUCAGGAGAAUCCCUCUAAACCAUCCUAACAUAACUGCAGAGGAGAGGCUAAUCAUUAAUGCAAACCGAUUACCCUCCAGUCUCCAGCGAAUAACUGGAUCAUAAAAUCUGUCUCACCGCAUAACUAAAACCAGCAGACAGUAAUUUGGACAGGACCCAUCACCACAUCAGAAGCACAGCAGUGGCGACACUAUGACACCCUGUGCAAGGCCAAAAUUUGCCCCUCCCCCUGUCUUCACACUGCCUUCCCAAAGGUGAGUAGGCGCAUGGCUUUGGGAAGGAGACAGGGGGACCCUAGGACCCUUUCAGAGCCUUAUGCCUCCUUCCCAAAUAUAUAUAUUUAAUAUUUAGAUUUAUUGUGUUUCUAGUUGUAUCUCUUUUAAUUUAUGCUAAUGCACUGAAAGAAAGGUGGGACAUAAAAUAAAAUUUAAAAGUAGUGCUUAUUCAGAAUUAUACACUUUUAAAUACAUUCUAAGAUGCUGCUAUGGAUCUAUAACCAUGUGCAAUUAGGUCAUUCUGUAAGAGACACUGAGUCAGACUGACAAUGUCGAGGCAUCCAGGAAUGAAGUAUCACUCUGGUAGACUGCCCAGUAUCUUGCAAAUGACAGUUUCAUGCUAGGCAGAAAAAGCUCGAGCCAGUAAAAGCACUUCAAAGCAAACACAGACUUCAAAGCAAUCAAACCAUUUAGAUUAUUCUACAACUUUGUUCUACAAUUAUUCUACAACUUAGCAUGUUUGUCUUUACUUCUGCUCUCUGAGUACAUUCACAUGUAAAGCUAAACCAUGGUUUUCCACUAUGCAGACAAACCUUAAAGCUCUGGCAAGGUGGCAGAGUACCAACCUCACCCCCUUCCCCCUCUCUUCUUCCCACGCGUCUGAGAGAAGGAACAUUUCAGUUCCUUUGAAUCUCAGCUCGGUGCUAUGAAUGCAGCAUAAAUUCUGCUUUAAAUUCUGAUCAAUUUCAAGAUAAGCCAGCUUCAAUCCAUGUGUUAUAAAGCUGAUUUAUUAAACUAGCCAUAUUUUGUUUUAAACCGGGAUUUCAGUUUCAUGCAUAAUGCUAAGCCAAGAUUUAAAGAAACCAAAACUGAUAACAAUCUCAGCAGGAAGGAGCCAGGCAUUUUGCUUCAAAUCACUGAGGCUCAUCAGUGUAGUGCUAAGCCAACCAGGUAGCCAACAGGCUGCCCUUCAGAUAUUUUGGUCUCAAACUCCCACAACAGCCUCAGUAAGCAGCACGGCCAAUGGUCAAGGAAGAUGGGAGUUGUUAUCCACAACACCUGGAAGUCAGCAUGUUGAUGACCCCUGCACUAAACCACAGUUUAGCAUUACAGUGGUACCUCGGGUUAAGUACUUACUUCGUUCCGGAGGUCCGUACUUAACCUGAAACUGUUCUUAACCUGAAGCACCACUUUCACUAAUGGGGCCUCCUGCUGCCGCCACACCACCGGAGCACGAUUUCUGUUCUCAUCCUGAAGCAAAGUUCUUAACCUGAAGCACUCUUUCUGGGUUAGCGGAGUCUGUAACCUGAAGUGUAUGUAACCUGAGGUACCACUGUACAUGUGAACAAGCCCUUUACCUUCCAAGAGACCCAUGUGUUCUAAUUAGCAUGGCAGACUGAACCAAGUAACUACUGGAUUUUAUAUUUUCGAAACUGGGGAAACAACCCAUUAUCUUUUCUUUAUCUCGAUAGCUCUUAGAGUGCCUCCUGUGAUCUGUCUUGCACCUGGUGAGGCUAAUCUAAAGACAUAUAUCCAACUUAUCCUGCAGUUCUUCUUUGACUAUUAGAAGCUACAAAAUUUGGGCCAACGACAUACCCACCUUUUCCUCUGCCCUCCUCUACCCCCUUUUUAAUUAACAUUCUGUUCUGUUCAAAAACUCUCUCAUAACUUUAUGGUGUUUUUGCUAGACCCUAAUAAAGGCAGUCACAUCUUGUGGCUUUUGGAUCCCUCCCCAACCUACCUUCAAAGCAAUCAAUCCCUGGAGUCUCUCAAGUGACUCAGUGAUGCUGAACCAGACAUUCAGAGAUUGCUCCUCCAUCACCCCUCCCCCAAGUUAAAGGCACAGAUAAGUACAAUAGUAUGAAGCAACCAUCCAUUGUGCUAGAGCAUAGUGACUGUCCAUGUAAAAGAAAGAGGCAUGCAAGGGUAUUUAUCUUUAGUCCGAUGCAUAUCCUAGCAUCAGGCUCAGACAGUAGCAGAAGUGAGAUAAGAGAACAAUAAAAGACAAAUAUGUUGGGUCGACUGAAUGCCUGUUUCCAGAAAUGCUUGCAGGAGUUGCAUGCAAAUAGCUCAGAUAAAUAUGCUAUAAAUAUUUUUUUAUAACCAUUUUGAGCCCCCAGCAAGUUGAACUUAAUGUGAAGCCUUCCCUUGAUGUGACCCUAGACUUUAUUCUGAAUGGUGCUCAGGAUCUGGUGCAAGUGUUGUCAGAUGGAUUUUGAGACGUGACCACAAUGCUAUCAAAUGCAACAUAUAUGUCAGUGACAAAAUCCCCAGAGAGUUCCAACGUUUGAUUUCAAAAGCAGAAAUGAGAUUAAAAGAAAGUCAGAAGCAAGACUUAGAAUGAUAAAAUAUAUUCAGGAAACUUGCAGGUUCUUUAAAACCCUAGUAAGAGAAGCUCAGAUAGAAUUAAUACCAUCAAUUAGGAAAGGUUCCAAGAAAUCCAUGAGCAUGUCAAAAGGCAAGAUGGGGAUUUCCAAAAAUGGAAGUCUUGCCCAUACAAAACACAAGCUCUGGUUAAACAACUACAAGACAAGAUGAAAAAUGGCCAUAGUUACCCUCCGUCUUUGAAUAAGGCGUCGUAUUCAAGUCAGAAGAGGAGUACUGCUGCCCCUCCCUUUCAUGUGUUGCUGUUGACUGUAAGGAUAAGUGCAGCAUAAUUGUGAAUUGGGUGGUCGGUGGAAUUUAGGGGAAGACAGUAACUUCUGCAAGAUUGAUCUGUCUUGUUUGUUUCAGGAGGAUAAAAAGUGUUUCACCUGCUCUUCACGGGACCCAUUCCAUGAGACACUCAAUCCUGACAGCCAUCGUAUUGAAAAUGUGGUCACUACCUUUGCUCCAAACCGUCUCAAGUUAUGGUGGCAGUCAGAAAAUGGUAAGCUGUUUAUGUGGGAAGAAUUUCCCCAACACUUAAUUGGUUGCCCUCAGUUGAUCUUAAAACCUUGCUUUGUAUUCAUAAUCAUCUAUAUAGCUGUUUGCCUUGUAAUUACUUCUGCUACAUAGUUUCAGUCUUUUGAACAUUGUGUUUUUUGUGUGUAUGUGUGUAAAACUAUAUCCUUUAAUUAGAGGUUGUUGUUUUUUCAGGCAACGUCUCAAAAUGCUUGGAAGGCAGGAAUUAAUAGUUCCAAUUAUCUAGUUAUUCUAAAAAGGAGAAAUUUUCACAUAUUGCCCUCAAUCUUUUUCUCCUUUAAGAUCAGAAUGAGGCAUAUGAGAAAAUGUUUCAUCAGGAAUAAUCCUAGGCAAUUCCGUGAUUGGUUGUGAAACUCCUAUGGUUUACGCAAAGUUUCUUUCAUGAACAAAUACAAGUGUAUUAUAAGUAAGUGCUCUUAAGAAAAACUCUUCCUUAGAUUACAGAGAAAAAAUCAUUAAGAAUUAAGUAACUUGAGCUCUCUAUCUUCAGUAUUUUCCAUUUGGUAUUCUAAACAGCCGUCAUGUAAUUUUAUUGUACUAAACUUGGCAGCAGCAGCGCAUAAAUGUUUCAGCAUAAAAGUUCACACAAGUAUCCCUCAGAAAUAAAUAACACAUGGUUCUUCUUGCCUGGUUUGUUUGUUGUUGUGGGGUUUUUUGCAUUAGACCAGGCUCCAGUAAGGUCAUUUAUAAUGAUUCAUAGUUCAAUGGAAAUUAUUGUUGUCUAAAAUGUUGAGAGCACAGUUCUUUCCUUUCUUCUUGUGUCUGUCUCCUGUACUUAAAAGGAUUCACAGGCUUACAUUUUAUGGCAGAGGGACAUCAAACUUCUGCCAUUGGCUGAGAAAAACUUGAAACUUAUUUAGGCUUAGUAAGCUGCAAGCAGCAGCCUCUCCUGACAUGGUGUGGCUACGUUGGCUGAAGGCGGCACCAUAAAGGGGAAGGCAAGUAAAUCAGACAAACCAAUCCUUCCUUCUCAGUGCUAUGCUAUACCCUGUUUUCCCCAGCUGCCUCUAUGAAAGAAUCCUUUAACAUUUCGGACUUUUAACUGGCCUGACCUAUUCCAUGCACUGGGAAGAAUGGAAUGUCACUUGGGUGACAGGGUGAAUGACAAGGCCUCAGACCACAUUUUUCCAGAAGAAACAAGGUGUUAACUGGGAUCUUCCUCUGUGUGCUCCCUCAGAGAGAGAUUUAGAAGGUGGUGAUAAGGGAAGAGGGCCUUUUCAGUUGUAACUCCUUGGUUGUCAAAUAUUCGUCCCAGUGAGACCUACCUGUCCCAGAUAUUUGACAAGUUUAAGAUGAUUUGGUUGUGUGUUGAUGCUGGUUUUUUUUUGCUGAAGUUUUUGCAGCUGUUUUUAAUUUCUACAACAAAUAGCUGAUUAGUACUUUGUUGUUAUGUUACUCUAUAUUGCACCCUUUCACAGAGAACAAAAACAAAAAACAAACUGGCUUUUUUGUAACCAAACACAUACCCCCAGGAAAAAAAAUGAUGAAAUUAGACUUUCGACAAAUGUCCUUGUUUACUGUGCAACUUCCUCUCUUGGUCUUGUAGGAGUAGAAAAUGUAACCAUCCAGUUGGAUCUGGAAGCCGAAUUCCAUUUCACUCAUCUCAUUAUGACCUUCAAGGUAAAGAAUCCAUAACAUUCUCGCAAAUCACAAAUGACCCUUGUGUAAUCUGGUACUGGUCAUGGAAGGCAGUUAACUAGCUGCUUGAGAAUAAAAUGCAUAGCACCCCAUGUUUUGAGGAGAUCUUUUAAAAAGGAUUUUAAAAGCUAUUAAAACUGGAAUGCAAUAGGUAAGAUAAACCACAUCAGUUUUACGAUACAGGCUAAUUGGCUUCUUCUGCAUUCUUAGGUAAGUCUUUAAAUAAAUUCCAAACACUCAGAAAGCAGGAAAAACAAAGAUUAGGACUGCAAUCCUGAUUCCUCUAGCCCCACUGAAUUUUGUAAAACUUACUACUGAAAGGUUAUGGUUAGGAUUGCAGUCUUACUGUUGCUUUUUCAUCUGUGCCCUCUGCAGCAGUAAUCAGUAGCUGGUCUAUCACUAAUUUUUUGUUGAUAAAGUUGAGGGUUCUGUAGGAUGUUUUGUCCACAUAGCCUUCUCUGUUCUCCUUAUAGUUGUAUCAGAUCCAAACCGGGGAAUGUGAUUCUUUAAGACAACAAAAUUAUUGGCUUUAGAAUUCUCUCAAAUUUGGCAGCUGAAAUAAUCUCCAGGAAAAAAAGAACAUCUGUAUACAAAGUUCUUUUGUUUCCUUCUGAACAGAUGUCUUGGCAGGGCAGAUGCGCCCAUAUGGUUUAAAAUAUAUUUCAUUGGGGAGGUACACAAUAGUUUGACUCUCCUGAGAUGUGCAUUCAGAAAAUCUUUGCUGGGAUUACAUUUAAUGCAUUGCUUAUGUGAAAAUAAUUUAGACACUUAAUUUCAUACCAAGUGAGCAGUACCUAAUAAUAAUCAGUACCUACACCCAAGAAGCACCAUAUAUGUUUGUACAGUAUAGCAUUUGUAAUCAAUUGAAUACCCGACUUUUAACUGAUAUAAUCAAUCUCUUCCAUUUAACUUACUUUUCCCCAUCUUUAUCAAAGCAUCAAUACAGGUGCCUUUCUAUGAACACACAUAACUGCCUAAUAUUUGGUCAGGCCACUGGACUGUAUAAACCAGCAGUCCUCAACCAUGGAGCCAAGGGGUACAUCAGGAAAUCCAAGAAACACUCAUGACCAUCACAGAACACCUAUUUCAUUUAAGAUAAAUUGGUACUACUCAGAGCCCCCCCCCCCCAAGCAGUCAAAGCACCCCCUGAAACAAACAAACUGCAGGCAGGGCUUUUUUUCAGCUGGAACUCACCAGAACUGAGUUCCGGCAACUCUUUAUUGCAUUCUGGCACCUCUUUGGUGCUGUUCCCCUGCAUGGCACUCUGGGCUGUGUGACAGAGGUGGUGGGCAGCAGGUUGAGAUAUAUUCCUGUUCCUGUGGCGGUGGGGUGAGCGGGUAAAGAAGAAAUGUCCCCCCGCCCCCAAAGGCUCAACAACUUCUUCGGGUGGGUGCUCCCCCUGAAAAAAGCUACACAAGUUCCAACACCUCUUUUUCUAUAAAAAAAGCCCCCUACAUCCAAACAACCUCCUCAAAAUGCAAAAAGAAAAUGAAUGAAAAGGCACCACAUUGGGGCAAUGGGGUCCAAACCAAGUGACUCUUAAGAUACUCUUAAGACUCUUAAGAUAUGAAGCAGACAUAUUUCUCAGCCCUGCCACCUGCUAUCUAGAAAUACCAAAGAUUAAAUAUUGUGCCCACAAAGCAUUGCUGUACUGCUGAGCAAUGGUCCUUAUUAUGUUAGUCUGGUUGAUACGUGCCCCCCCCCAAAUACUGAUCUAUUUGUGGCAAAAUAAACUGCAACGCAGCCUUAUUGCUACUGAUACAUUUGCUCGCGCUGCGACUUCAUGAGUCCUCCAUCCAUCAAGCAACACCAUUCCUAUACAGUCUGGGGAUUUAGCUGGUGCAGCUGUGCCUUUUUCUGGUACAGCCUGGGCGAAUGAAUGAAUAUCACUAUUAACACGCUCCUUGGCCCAUGAGGGGGCCUUGACCUGUUGGAGCACCUGCAAUUACAAGAGGCUUAUUGUUGUUUAAAAGCAUAUUCUGUAGACUGACAUGCAUAGGCCACACAGAUCUGAGCAUAAUCAGUGCAAGAAGAAGCAGCGGCAGAAAAGUCAAAUAAAUGUUCAGGAAAUUGUAAAUGAUACUGGAAAAUUAUUUCAAAUAUUUGAUGAACAUUGUUCCAAAUAAUUUGUAGCUUAACAUCCAUUAAAAUCUAUUCUUCUUCUUGAUUCUUAGACGUUUCGCCCAGCUGCAAUGCUGAUUGAAAGAUCCUCAGAUUUUGGGAAAACUUGGCAAGUAUAUAGAUACUUUGCCUAUGACUGUGAUACUUCAUUCCCAGGUGUUUACAGUGGACCAAUGAAGAAAGUAGAUGACAUAAUUUGUGAUUCCCGUUACUCUGAUAUUGAACCUUCAACUGAGGGAGAGGUUCGUAGUUUUAUCUACAAUUGAUCUGCCUUACUAGUGAGGCUGUAUCUCUGUGACGCUGAUGAAUCCUCAUGUUUGUUUCAGGUAAUUUAUCGUGCUCUGGACCCUGCUUUUAGAAUAGAGGACCCAUAUAGCCCAAGAAUUCAAAGUAAGUAUGCAAGCUUCUUAUCUUCCUAUACAUUUUUAGGAUUGCACUUGAACUGCAUUAAAUGCUUUACAAUAAUUACCUCACAUGUCAGCCUUGUGUGGUGAAGUCCUCUUCACUUUUUGCAGACAGAGAAAGAAGGGUGAGAAAUAGUUACUUAUUCAAGGUUAUUCAAUAAUUCUGUCACCAAGCUGGCAGAUCGUAGGUUCCUUGCGGAGUCAUGUUUUAAUACUACUUGCACUGAUUGCACAACCUCUUAGUCUUGAAAGUUAAAAAGAAUUACAAGUUGUUGUUACAGAAUAUGGAAAAACUUGCAUCCCUGUACUGGCUUGUUGGAGCCAGUAUGUUUCAACAUUUCAGAGCACAGGUUCGUUUCAGAUGGAUUUGAAGUGAGCUUGGAAAUGUGUUUGCAAGACUUGAGUGACUGAAGAAUUUUCAUUAACACCAACCUGUGAUCCCCACUAGGAUCAAAGGAGCUCCUAAACAUGCAUGCUUAGAAGCUGAUGAAAGGGUAUUGAAAUGUCCUCAGGUGUCCCAUCACAAACAACAGUGGUGAUGAACAUACGGAAAUUUUUAAUGACUCAAUAGAGCUAAGUCUAUUUAAAUCAAUAUUUCAGCUACAUAAAUUCCGGCUUCAUUUCAGCAUAUACUAUUAAUGAGUGACAUUUACAAGAAACUUGCUGCUGAACAAUCAUCAUACAUUUAAAUGUAUUUAUUUAAUAGGGCAUACUUCCUUUCCUAUCGCAGAGCUUCAGGUUGAUUAAAAUCAGGCUAGGCCCAGGGCAUGGAUUUAAGGUUCAUGAUACAGUAACUUUGCAAAAGCUGAGCAGGACCAAGUCUGCUCAGCGACUGAAUGGAAGACUGGAUGAGAACCCUACUUAUGCGUCUUUGGUGUCCGUGAUGGAAGAAAGGCAGGGUAUAGAUGUAAUAAAAUAGAUUUAACAUUGGAAAACAGUUUUUUAAUAAUGAUACUUUGAAUUUGUAUAGUGCUUAAACUUAGUUGCCUUAGCCUAAGUGUAUUUUCAGGGAAACUUCUUGCUGGUAUAUUUAUUUUCUUUUAAUGAAUUUCCACCUCACUAUUUAGCCAAAAGAGGCUCCCAGGAAAGCUUAUACACUAAAAACAAGAUAGACCCUGCUUCUAAAUGGUACAAAACAAAAGGAAAAUGGAUUGGGGGCGUGGAGAAAGAAAUGAGCACACACAGGCACCAGAUAUUCAUUACAGCAUCUUCUAGUGAUCAGCUGGGAUGGAAACAGUUAAUUGAGAAGAGGUCCCCAAUGGUUGCUGGUGUCUUUAAGUUGCACCAGUUGUUGCAUCCCCCAACUCAUAACUGCUUGGUGGAAUGGCUUGCAGUUGGGGGAAUGGGAGGAGAUAAAUAUGUGCAACUCCCAUCAUCCCUGACUGCUGGUCCUGCUAGCUAGGGAUGAUGGGAGUUGUAGUCCAACAACAACUGGGGACCCAAGUUUGAGAAACACUUUGUUAGACUCAUAAGCUUUUCAUAAUAAAUAUUCUUAAUAUGUCUUAAUAUGUCUCUUGCAAUGAAACUAAUUUUUUUUUAAAAAAAACAACAACAACACCCUUACUUUAUUUAUCUUUGGCUUUUCAGAUAUGUUAAAAAUCACAAAUUUAAGAAUCAAAUUUACCAAACUGCACACACUGGGAGACAACCUUCUGGAUUCGAGAAUGGAAAUCAGAGAAAAAUAUUAUUAUGCCAUUUAUGACAUGGUGGUCCGUGGAAAUUGCUUCUGUUAUGGACAUGCCAGUGAGUGCGCACCGGUGCAUGGCUAUGAUGAAGAGGUGGAAGGAAUGGUAAAUUUUUAUAUAUUUUUCAUAACAAGCAGAUAGGUUACAAUUCUGCCACUCAGACUCUUAAGAGGUUCCCUCUUUGAGGAGAGCUACCAAUGUAAACAAAGGUAGCAAAACUGCAUUUUCUAUCAAUUUAAAUUAUUGUUGAGGGUCAAAGUAAAUGAGACAUCAGUAGCUAUGGGUAAGGGGGAGGUUUAGCACAACAAUGUCCGAGUCCCUGAAAAGCUUGGAUGUAGAACAGCUCUAAAACUUGUAUAUAGCUGCUUGGUAUAAACUCUGGAUUAAACAAACUGAGCUGUCACAAUCUAAUUUGGCCCUAGAGCCAAAUUAGCAUCUCAUCUUAAGGGUGUUCUGGACAGCAUGUCCUUUUUACAUUAGACAGGUGAGAAAGGAGCCACUGCUGCCCUGGCAGCCAACAUCUUCCCAGUCAAAGAUGAAAUAACUUGCUCUUCAUCUUGUUCCAUGAUUUCCAAGCUUCUGGAUUUUUGUAAAAAAGUCCCUAGAAAUUCUCACAACAAUCAAAGACUACUAUUUCUUUAUAUGAACCCUUAGUCAAUGAGAGGAAAUGAGCAUUGCUUUUAUUUUCAAUAUAUUGUGUCUUUGUAUGUAUGUUCCAAUCUCUCUCUCUCUCUUUAAAUGAAAGGUCCAUGGUCACUGCAUGUGCAGGCACAACACCAAAGGCCUAAACUGUGAACAGUGCUUGGACUUUUACCAUGACUUGCCAUGGCGACCCGCCGAGGGUCGCAACAGCAAUGCAUGCAAAAGUAGGUGUGACAAAUUUAAAUUCUGCUUUGUAAAAUCUAUGGUACUAAUGUCUGAUGAGCCUUUCAUGAGAAACUGUGCUCUCUGUCUUAUAAAUGGCACAGAUUACCCAACUUUUAACCAAUUUUGCUAAUAAAAAUACUCAGCUGCCGCUGCACUCCUUUCUAAACAAGUUAAUGUAGUUGUUUGAUGGAAAUUUUAGUUUUAAAAAUGGAUUCUCAUUUAGAAUUAGUUUCUUUAUCUUUAUCCUAGAAUGCAAUUGCAAUGAACACUCUGCACAGUGCCACUUUGACAUGGCCGUGUACAUGGCAACUGGAAAUACCAGCGGUGGAGUGUGUGAUGACUGUCAGCACAACACGGUGGGGCGUAAUUGUGAGCAGUGCAAACCCUUCUACUUCCAGCAUCCAGAGAAAGAUAUUCGGGACCCCAACAUUUGUGAACGUAAGUACAUUGUCUCCAAAGUGUAGUUGACAGCUUGUUAAGAUAAAUGAGUGUGAUUCUGAAAUAGUAAAUAAAACUUUGUAGUUCUUUUUUAUCCUAAAAUGUACAAAUGGAAGACUUACUGCUUGUUCCAGAAACAUUGUGGGUUAUAUCUGAUGUAGGCCACAGUCAGAGUAAAUCAAUGGGCAUGGCUAAUUUAAGUCCAUUCAUUUCAUUGGGUCUGCUCUGAAUAUGACCACUUAUGUGUACUGAUUUGUAAUAGUAGAGGCUCCUGUAUUCAAAGUGGUAUAGCACAAGAUUUUGGCUAAAUGGGAACGCUAGUUGCCAUUUGGUGGGGCACAGCAGCUUCAGACAGUGGGAGGCUUUGAUGACAGAAUUUUCGGGAAGUGGAAUUGGUGUUGUAUUUGGCUAUAAUAUAUGCUUCCUGCCCAGUAGCUAUGAUUGCAUAGUAAAGAGCUGCUAUUUCUUUUAGCGUGCAACUGUGAUCCAAUUGGCUCCCAGGAUGGCGGUGUUUGUGAUCGCUACACUGACUACUCAACUGGCCUUAUUGCCGGACAGUGCCGUUGCAAAUUAUACGUGGAAGGGGAGCGCUGUGAUUACUGCAAGGAAGGAUUCUAUGGAUUAAGUUCAGAUAAUCCGCUUGGUUGUCUGUGUAAGUAAAACAAAAAUAAACCACUUUGUAGUUUUGAGCAAGAGGAGUGUUUCUAAUGCUGCACCUCACUGAUUAUGUUAACUGAAUCUUAUUAAGUUUAGAGCUAUAUUUUUUAUUUGUAAAUACAUUGCCUGCCCUGCCUGCCAUUGUGUGUGUGUGUGUGUGUGUGUGUGUGUGUGUUUUACUGACAUAGAGGAGCAGGAAGGUAUAAAUUCAUAUUAUCUUGCAUUGUUUACUUUCCUGGCCUUUCCUGUAUGUUCAAAUUUAAUUUUGGUGUGGGGAUACAAGGGCUGUUUUUUGUUUUUAUUUGUUUUGUUUUCCAAGCAACAGAAGUCUCUUAUCCUGUUCCUUGCACACCGGAGGGGGAAACCCAUCACCUUUCAGUAUUCUGGCCAACAAGUGCAAAGGUGCUGGGAUGGUCUAUAAGCACAUGAGCAUUUGAGGGCAGAGAGUUGUAUUAAAUUUAAAUGCCUCACUUUAAAUAUAUCAGACUUCUUGCAUUUUGCUUUUUAUUGGGUUAUAUUUAAUUACAAUACCCUUAUAAAUGAUUCCUUAGCAAUCCUGGCUCUAGAAUUUUGAGGACCCCACAGUACACACAUUUGGAGUCCUAACCUGGAAGAGGCGGAUGAUGCCUACCCUCAAACAGGUUGCCGCAGAAAACCGGGAUGUGUGUCUACUGUAACACUCUCCCAUGCAAGUCACAUGACCUACAUGAGAUCACACCCCAUGUCUUUUGAGGCUGAGGCCCCUGCGAAACAGGAAAUCCCAAUUUAAUUGGGGCAGUUGAGGGGUAUGUGCAUGCAGACUGAGAAUUCUCACAGGCUUCAGCCAACCAUAUUGAAUACUCUGUGCAAGGUUAACACUGUUAGGGUGAUGGGCCGUUUUUCCGGUCCUGGGGACCUGGGAAAUUGCCAGUCUUGCCACACUGUGGAGCCAGCUGUGAGCCUUAGAAAACACCACAAAAUUUCUCACUGUAGGAUUUCAAUUUAUGGUAUACGCUUCUACUUCACAGCUUUUGUUUUGUUGUUUGUGCUAUUUUUUAUCACUGACUUUAGGUUAUGCUGACUGGUUUUUUGUUUUUGUUUUGUAUUGUUCAGUAUGACCUUUGGUCAACAGGCAAUACAUCUGUCUCCUUGGCUUUAUUCAUACACAGGAUGGUGUGUGAAUGUGUUUUUGUGAGCUGGGUAAGAGAGAAAAGCCAUUUGUCAGUAAGUCUGCAGUGAAAAAUGAGGUAUAGUGUUGAUGUAAAUAUUUGUAUUAAAUGCUGUGCAAAUUUAUAACUUAAACAACUAUAUCCUGAUUUAUUUACUUAUACUUCCUAAUAUAGCUUGUGCAUGUAAUCCUUUGGGCACAAUUCCUGGAGGGAAUCCUUGUGACUCAGAGACAGGAAGCUGCUAUUGUAAACGUCUUGUUACAGGAAGACGUUGUGAUCAAUGUCUGGUAAGUCGCCUUGCUUAAAAGAACAGAGCUUUUAGUGUGUGUGUGUGUGUGUGUGUGUGUGCAUGUUUUUUUUUAAAAAAAACCCUUUCCAAAUAAAGCGACAAGUGUCAUUUGUCUGGUAAGCUUCAUUUAAAAACUUCAGAAUAAUCAAACUGAUUUGCAACACCAAGCUCCUCUACUCAAAAGCCUAAAGGGCAUUCUCGAUACUUCAUAGUGCAGUAUUUAAAUUCACAAAAGUUGCAUACAUUUGUUUUGGAAUGCCAAAUUAUUAGGCCAGUGACAUCCUGCUUAGGUCUGUUAUAUCACAUGGGCAGCCAAAGGUGCUAGGCCUGCCCCUCAAGCACAGGCUUUCUGUAACACCAAAGCCAAUAACAGUGAUUGGGGCUGUGACCCCUCCCUUGCAGUGUCCCAUCCUGAUGUCAAAGCUGGUCAGCAGCUUCCUGGCUAUGAGUACUACUUCCUGAACUUCCAUCAGGAUUCCACACUUGGUUCUCCUCCCCCAGUCAUUUAUUCUCACAACAUCCCUGUGAGGUAGGUUAUGGUGAGAGUUUGUGACUUAACAGCUGAGCAGAUAGUUGAACCUGGCUCUUGCCAGUCUUAGCCACUACCCCACAUAGCUUAAGGAAGCAGAUAGUUCUGCCGUUACUCAUUGGUGUUAGCCUUGGACAUGUCCACCUUUUUGCACAACCUUGAGCUUGAACUAUGCUUGAGUUUCGCAACAUUCUGUUAUACCAGUAACAGUCUAAAUCUUCCCUUGCAGCCUGAGCACUGGGGCUUGAGCAAUGAUAUGGAUGGUUGCCGACCAUGUGAUUGUGACCAAGGAGGGGCGCUGAACAAUAAGUAAGUCUCAAAGAAGCAACUUGCCAUAUUUUCCGCUGCAUAAGACGCACCUGACCAUAAGACGCACCUAGUUUUUAGGGGAAAACAAGAAAAAAAAGUAUUCUGAACAAAACAGUGGGUGCGUGAUUUUUGUGGUUCAUGCUGUGGCCACAGACAUGUGAUUUGAUGGUAAGUUUGGGGUAGCCCAGUGCAAAAAUUCUGAGAAUCCAUGUGGAUCCAUGCUUUGUAACCACGUUUUUGCACCAUUGCGGCCCCACGCAACAGUGGCUAUGUGAUUUCUUUGGUGCAGGCUGUAGCCAUGGACAUGCUAUGUGAUCUGAUGGUGAAUUUAGGGUGACCCAAUGCAAAAAUCCUGAGGAUCCAUGGGCUUUUACCUCCCCCCUCCCAGGCAGCUUCCUUUAUCGCUAGCGUCCCUUAUCUCUCUCCCGAUCCCACUGAUCAGCUGCUUCCUUUCAACACUCCCUUCCCUAGUUUGCCUUAGUGUCUUUUCCUUAGCUGGAGCAGUUUUUUGCUCCCCCCUUUCUUCUAAUUUCUUUAUUUAUUGAUUCAUUGUCUCCUCCCUUUGCAAGUUUGCUGUCUUUACCUCCCCCCUCCCAGGCAGCCUCCUUUAUUGCUAGUGUCCCUUAUCUCGCUUCCAAUCACUUGCGAUCAGGUGCUUUGUUUAAACACCCACUUCCCUCUUUUUUUAAAAAAAAGCAUGAUCUGCUUUUCGCCCCUGGGCAAUUUGGCUCCAGGGACCACGAAGACGCACAGACAUUUCCUCUUACUUUUUAGGAAGAAAAAAGUGUGUCUUAUGGAGCGAAAAAAUACGGUACUUGGUUUUUCUUUUCUUUUCAGAAGCACCUGAUUCAACUGCAACUUACCUCUGUUUUUAAAAACAAUAAUGAUAAUAAUAAAAACAACACUUACUGUUUACAUAGUGAAUUUCAAGUAUUUAAAGCAUUUCACCAUUGUUAGCUCAGUAAUUCUUACAACAGCCCUGUAUAGUACAUCGAUAAUUUUAUCACUAUUUUGCAGAUGGGAGAGGGGCAGGGCAUGGAUCCAAAUUUAGUCAUAUUUUGAGUAGCGUAACUCUUGCCUAGGUCAUGGCUAACUUAAAUUCCAUAAAUUUCAGUAGGUCUUCUCUAAGCAUGGCUGAAUACAAUCUGCCGGUGGCCGAGUCGCCUAGCCAGGAUGUUUCCCAGCUGCAUCUCUAGAUAGUUAGAUAAUCAUUUAAAGCUUUCCUGUUUAGUUACUCACUUCUACAUGUGUUGAAUGGAAAGGAGGAAGAAUGCAUGAGCCGAAGAUCUGAUUGCACUUAAAUAAACCUCAAGGGCCAAGUAAAUGUCCUGUUUUUUUCUUAAUUUUGUUCAGUUAGUUAGUUUACACUUGGGAAAUAACUAUUGCACAAUCAAAUUACAUCAACACAAAUCUUUCUGUCAUUUCAAACUUACUUGCCAAUCUGUCUGAAGUAAUCACAAAGAAGAUAAUUCCAGCAGGCUCAUGUUUGUACCCCUGUUGUUGGCCCCUAGUUAUUUGUUUUCCCAUGCAAGUUUCAGAUGUCCUCAGAAGUACUAUUAAAAUUGUUUGAUAGAACCACGAAGCUGCCUACCCUUUGAAUGUUAAUGACACUGAUUGCAAAACCAUCUGAAAGUGGGUGUUGCCCACUAGCAGAAGUCAAGCCAAUUCGCUUUUCCUUUUUGUCUCCCAAGAGAAUGGGCUCAUUCAUCCUGAAGAUUCUCCUUUAAAACUGCUGCAGUUAAGAUGCCUAUUCUUACAAGCCUCUUUUCUAUUUUUACAACAGCCUGUCAGGAAGGAUAGAGGGUCUUAUUCCAAAAAGUUUCUAACUGCAGUUUUAUCCAGCAUAGAUCAUGGUGUCUUGAUACAGUACCUGAAAUGCACAUCUGGGUUGGAAUACUAACUUGUGAUUUUGAAUGCUGGAAAAAUACAAGGGAAGCAAAACAAAGGAUGGAGUUGUUGUUCAACCAUAGGGUACUUUCCAUAGUUGUUAAAAUCUAUCUGGGAUAAAUACAGAAAUUUCACAGGAAGGAACAAUGUUUAAUUACAACAGUUUUUCCCCAUGGAAUUUCCCCCUCUGCCAUAAUUUGUAUUCUGCCCCCAAAGUUUUAAGCUGACUCAUGCAAGAAAAUGCACUUGUAUUUGAGUCUAAACAUCUGUGCCAGCGUAUCUCUCUGUGUCGUCCAAACAGUGGUGGGACUUAGCAGUACAAUUUGUGAUGGUUUAUAGAAUCAUAUAAUUGUAGAUGGUUGGACAGUGUCCUCGAAGCCACAAACAUGAGUCUGACCAAACUGCGGGAGGCAGUGGAAGAUAGGAGUGCCUGGCGUGCUCCGGUCCAUGGGGUCACGAAGAGUCGGACACGACUAAACAACAACAACAUAAUUGUAGAAUUGGAUGGUACUUUGAAUGAGAGCCAUCUAGUCCAACUCCCAGCAAUUCAGGUUGUAUUGCUACAGUGUCAGUGGAUCCUAUUCUCAACCCUAAUUUACUUUUGUGCAUUGAAUGGUUAUAGGUUCUUUUAAAUUUGUCUGUCUGUAUUUGCUUUUAGAAGAUUGCAAUAUAAAUGCAUUAUCUUUUUCAGCUGCUCGAGUGAAUCUGGUCAGUGUCAAUGCAGGCCUCAUAUGAUUGGCCGCCAGUGCAACGAAGUGGAACCAGGAUAUUUUUUCAUUUCUUUAGAUCAUUAUGUCUAUGAGGCUGAGGAAGGCAUCUUUGGCCCUGUGAGUACCUACUCAGUUAAACUUCCACAGGCCCUUUUCUAAUGCUCUGAUAUUUCCAUGUACGGUAAUCUGUUCUGUUUCUAGCCUGUUGGUUUUACACUAUACCUACCGAGGGACGCGGGUGGUCUAAACCACUAAGCCUCUUGGGCUUGCUAAUUGGAAGGUCGGUGGUUCGAAUCCCCGCAACGGGGUGAGCUCCUGUUGCAUUGUCCCAGCUCCUGCCAACAUAGCAGUUUGAAAGCAUGCCAGUGCAAGUAGAUAAAUAGGUACUGCUGCGGCGGGAAGGUAAACAGCAUUUCCGUGCACUCUGGCUUCUGUCAUGGUGUUCUGUUGUGCCAGAAGCGGUUUUGUCAUGCUGGCCACAUGACCCAGAAAGCUGUCUGUGGGCAAACAUCAGCUCCCUCAGCCUGAAAGUGAGAUGAGCGCAGCACCCCAUAGUUGCCUUUGAACUGGACUUAACCAUCCAUGGGUCUUUUACCUUUACUUUUUUCUUUUUUAAACUACACCUACCAGACAUGGUCUGAAAUAAACAUGAGCUGUCUUAGGUGAUCUGUUUAGGAAAGACAAUGUGAAAAUAAAAGUAAAUAAAUACAGUGUGCUAAUGGGCCACUAGAGAGUUGGCCACUGGACCUUGAUGGUUAUGAGUUUUAGCAGUCUACACUGAGAAGGUAUAUGGGGCAUGUACUAGAGCCAGGGUCUGCUUAGAGGCAGGUUCAUCUAGAACACUGGCCUUCAGCUGGUAGGUUCUAACUCACAACUGGUUCAUACCAGCAGCCAUCUUGAAUGACCAUGUUUUGGAAAGAGGGAGAGAAGGAAAAAGGUACAGAGAGUAAGGGUGGAAAGAUGGGUCUAAACAGAGUAAAGGUUAAUAUUAAUGGUAUAAGAUUUUUUAAAAAGUAAAAAAGCAUAAUUAUGUGUCUAUGGAAGUUGAAGAUCACUUGCUAAGUCUAACUUCUUAUUUAGGAAGCUCAUUCCAUUUAUGUUAGGUAAGGUAUCUCCCUGAAACUGUCAGAUAUUGGAACAAUGCUGCAGCUGAAGAUUCCUGGCUUUAGUUAUUUCAUAAACAUUAGCAUUUCUGUUUUCUCUACAGUUCUAUUAUGCCUGAUAAAGUGGUUAAUAGUACAAGUGAUUUUUGCACUUCAUGUCUCAUUACACUAAACAGAAGUAAAUUUGUGCAGUAUACUUUAUCUCAAUGAAGUGGCCUAUGUAAAUGUAGGAGAAGAUGUAAACAAAAACAUUUGUCAGCAAAUAGGAAUACGAAGGUCAAAAUAACCUGUAGUGCCAGGUUCUUCUACUGUGUCUUUCCCUUCAAUUCUUAGAAGGUGCAUGUGCCAACUUAAAAUAAUAUGUAAUAACACCUGAUUCUGUUCCACAGGGAGUGAGCAUAGUUGAACGUCAGUAUUCCCAGGAUCGCAUACCUUCAUGGACUGGAAUAGGAUUUGUGAGAGUUCCUGAAGGAGCAUUCCUGGAAUUCUACAUAGACAAUAUUCCUUACUCUAUGGAGUAUGAAGUUCUGAUUCGCUAUGAACCACAGGUAAAUACCAACCCUAGACCCAUGCUCUUUCAUAGUGUUGAAUCUGAGUGAUGGAGUUUUCAAGAAGGUUUAAAGCCUGCCUAUAUAGGUUGAUGUGGCUUGCUUUUCUUUUGUCUUAAGAUCACGCAGAUAUUCCAGUGGCUAUUUUAACAGCACUUAAGUCUACAUUAGGCAUAAUAAUCUCUCAAGUGUUCAUCAUUAACAAUAGACCUCUGCACACAUGUGGUGAAAGUGACUGUUCCUAUUGUUCCUAUUUUGCCUAAAUAUUCCAAAUUUUCAUAUAUUUAGCAUUUUAUUUGUAUAUUCUGCACGUAGUAGUAUGCUGUUAUGAGGAGAAAGAGUAAAUAAACAGCAGUUGUGGUGUAUGAGUAAGGGAAAGGAGUCAAGUGCAUAUAAUCAUGCAGAGUUCAGAAAUGCUGGAGCAUAGAAUUUAUUUUCUUUUCUUUUUAGAUUUAUCUAAGAAACUAUGAGGGCUGAAACAUUAUUUUAUUCCCCCCCCUCCCCCCAAGCCUAAGAUGUUCCUCCUCCUGUUUGCAGAGGUUCAGAAAAUGUCCAGACCUAUUUAUAGAUUAUUAAUUAUAGAUUAUUAACCAUUUAAAGGGGACAUGGGUGGCGCUGUGGUCUAAACCACUGAGCCUCUUGGGCUUGCCGAUCAGAAGGUCGGCGGUUCGAAUCCCCGUCAUGGGGUGAGCUCCUGUUGCUCGGUCCCAGCUCCUGCCAACCUAGCAGUUUGAAAGCAUGCCAAAAAGUGCAAGUAGAUAAAUAGGUACCGCUCCAGUGGGAAAGUAAACAGCGUUUCCGUGCACUGCUCUGGUUUCUCCAGAAGUGGCUUAGCCAGGCUGACCACAUGACCCGGAAAAACUGCGGACAAAUGUCAGCUCCCUAGGCCUGUAAAGCGAGAUGAGUGCCACAACCCCAGAGUCGUCUGCAACUGGACUUAACUGUCAGGGGUCCUUUACCUUUUUAACUGCCAUUUAUACUGGAUAAAAUCUGGUGAUUGUUUGCUAAUAGGUAGCAGAGAUAGCUACAAGUAGCAGCCCUGCGCAUUUACUCAGAAGUGUAUCCCACUGUCCAAUGAGAAUUCCUUCAUUGUACUUACAGUAACUUACCAUUGCUGCUAAUACAGUCCCAGUUCCUGCAUCAGGGGAGGAAAUGGUUCAUCUCCAUGGAGAGAACUUUGAUUACUGCUCAGCAAAGAAAAUAUGUUAAUGUGUGCCAAUUUUUCCAGUUACCAGAUCAAUGGGAGAAAGCUGUCAUCACUGUAUUUCGCCCAGACAAAAUUUCAACCAGCAGCAGAUGUGGCAAUACAGUUCCAGAUGAUGACAACCAGGACGUAUCGUUAUCUCCUGGUUCAAGGUGAGUAUCACAACAGAAGGAUAAACAAAGGAGCAAUGAAGACAUGAUGGGAGGCAGAGGGAGAAUGAAAGGUUUGAUUCCACAUAAUCAACAAUCUCAGUCUAAUCAUUUGUUGUUUUAACAUCCCAUUUUUUUAUCUCCAAUGUAUCCUUCUCUUCAUGAACGUUGUGUCCGUCCUGGUCUUGCAGAUACGUAGUCCUUCCACAUCCCAUAUGCUUUGAAAAGGGUCUGAAUUACACAGUUCGUCUGGAGCUGCCACAGUACUCCCAUGAUACGGAGGUGGAAAAUCCAUACACACUCAUAGAUUCUGUAAGUGCAUGUUUAAAUAAAAAUCUGUUUACAUAGUUUGCAACUUUACCCGCUUAAAUAAAACUACAUGCAUUGUGCUUCCUCUCCAUGAGCACAGAAUUUUAGCACAAGUAGACUGCAAGCAGGGGCAGCCUUGAGAGAAGCAGUGUGAACGGAUUCCUCCCCAUGAGAGAAGGAAAGGCUCAGUGGCAAUGGCUGUGAUUUAUUGUGGUUUGCCUGGAACACUGUGUGCCUUGCUGAGUGCCAGCAGGUGGUGAAAGGGGCAGGAGAAUCAGUUCCAUUGCACUUCACUCAGAAAGCUGUGAGAAUAGGAAGGGAUGGAUUGUUCUUCCCCUUCCUCCACCUGUAACUUUCCCUAAGAACAUCUUGUGUGUCAGGGGAAACUUUGGGAACUGUCACCAACAGUGUUGGUUGAGGGAGGGAAAGCAAAACACACUGCCGCUUAUGUAGUAGCUCUUUUGUACCCCUAAACCAGUGGUGGUCAAACUUGGCCCUCCAGCUGUUUUUGGACUACAACUCCCAUCGUCCCUAGCUAACAGGCCCAGUGGCCAGGGAUGAUGGGCAUUGUAGUCCCAAAACAACUGGAGAGCCAAGUUUGGCCACCACUGCCCUAAACACUCCUUGGAAAGCAUUUUUAGGAGACACUGUGCAUAUUAAUGAUCAACCAUCUAAUAUUUUUUAACUAUUGUAGAUUUCUUUUUCUAACAAUAUCGCAUGGCACUGUAUUUUAUACAAGGUUCGGCUACAGAUCUAAAUAGUAAUUCUGCCAUGUUAAAAUCAACCCACAGCUUGUUCUCAUGCCUUUUUGCAAAUCCCUGGACAUAUUCUCAGUUGGAGGCAGAGGUGAUGAUGUGAUGACUAACAGUGCCUGGGAAGCCUUUCAGAGAUACCGGUGCCUGGAGAACAGCAGGAGUGUUGUUAAAACACCCAUGACUGAUGUUUGCAGGAAUAUCAUUUUUAGCAUCUCAGCCUUGCUACAUGAGACAGCAUUAGGUAAGUAGAUGUAACUGAUUUCACAAAGUGGGAUUGGGGUUAACUAGGAGGAAAAGGCAGUGGCCAUGUUUACUACCAAAAUAAGUAGCCAUCCACAUGUUGUUGGACUCCAUUAUUCCGGCUUGCAUGUCCAGUAGAUGAGGGGAGUUGUAGUCCAACACCACUCGCAGGGCAACAGGUUUCCCAGCCCCUGUUAAACUUAGCAUCUGAACAACCCCAUUGAUAGAAGACAGGACCCUGGGUAAAUAUAUAUAAGUGAUUCAUAAAUGAAAUUAUUAUCAUCAUCUUAAUCAGAAAUAAUAUUUAAUAUCUGUCCAAUCAGGUUUACGCAGAUCAUUCCUUUACUAACCCAUUGGCACCUUGCAUAAUACUAUUGCUGCCAAGAUGGCCCACACUUGUGCAUUUGCCACUCCUGCAAAACCUGUGUCUUUCCCUCUUUCAGCUUGCCAGUGUGACCCACAAGGCUCAUUAAGUUCUGUUUGUGACCCUAAUGGAGGCCAUUGCCAGUGUCGGCCAAAUGUUGUUGGAAGAAGAUGCGACAGAUGUGCUCCAGGCACUUUUGGAUUCGGACCUAGUGGAUGCAAACGUACGUUGCUGCUUUAUUCUAAUCAAAAUGUCAUAUGUUGCUGUUGUUUAGCCCUUACCCAGUAAGUUUGAUUGAAAGGAAGAAGGAAAAUCCCCUGAGCCCCUUUGUUUCAGUAUACAUCUGUAAUAAUCCAUUAAGAAAAUAAAACCUUCACUCUCCAAAUGUCCUAGUGUCAUCAUAACUUCAUGAAUGUAAGCAAUGUAUCCAGUUUCAGUAUCAUUCAAGAUGGAUACCUAUGUUCUUUUUAGCUUGUGAGUGUCACGUCCAAGCGUCAGUUAAUGCUUUCUGCCACCCGGAGACUGGUCAGUGCCACUGUUUCCAUGGAAUAUAUGGCCGUCAGUGUGACAGAUGCUUGCCUGGUUACUGGGGAUUUCCAAGCUGCCAGCCCUGCCAGUGCAAUGGUCAUGCAGAUGAUUGUGACCCGUACAGCGGACAGUGUUUUAAUUGCCGUGAUCAUACCUCUGGCCACAACUGUGAAAGGUAUGCCUUCUUUUUGGAUUAACUGGGAUAGUCGUUAAAUGAUAUAUUACUUUUCAAGCAAUAUUUUAUCAUGCUGCCCUCUGAAAUGCUGAGUUCAAACCCAUUUACUUAGGCUGCACUUAUUUGCAGAGGAUAUUUUGUAGAUCAGAUGCACUGAUCUCCACUCUUCCUACUCCUACCACUACUCAUUUCAAAAUGAUUCCUGCCUGUUUAAGGGCUGUGAAUCUUGAGCACGCACACACUUUAAUUGGCACCCGUUGUAUAGUUUUCCAGCUUGGCCACUCUGCCUCAAUUGCCUCUUCCUUUUUUUAUUUUUUUACUCACAGAGAACUUAAUUUUGCUUACACAGGUCCAAAGACUGCUCUAGGACUACCACAGUUAUUUCUAGAGCCAUCUGGAGUUUGGGGAAGGGGGGAAAGACAGCAAAGUAACCAUUUGCAAGAUCUUAGAAACGCAGCUCUUCUAAACUCUCAAAACUUUCAGCAGUGCACAUUCGCUUGUGAACUGAAGUGUAUGUUUAUAUGAUACAUGAAAUAAAUGGAUUUGGUUUGGCACUCCUUCCACUAACAUCAAGGAAGAGCCAAUGAAAACAUCUGUAAAAUAGUGAUUUUACAGAUUAUGGUGGGCUGCAAAAAACCUGCUGAACUGUGUGCUAUGGACUGUCACCAGCCCAUAUCAGAUAUGCAAAUAUAUGUGUGGCAAUGAAGGGGAGCUCGCUCAGGGUGAGAGACUGGGAGAAGAGAGAGAUGCUCCCAGGUAAGAGCUGGGAGGGCUCACCUUUUUCUGUAUGGGAUAAAAGUUAAGGUAUAUCUGUGAGAGAGGAUCUUGUAUUCUUCUUUCGCUUUUUUUCUUUUCAGUCUUUUUCUUUUUCUUUGUGUAGAUUAGUUUGUGGGUUUUUUUGUAUUGUGAGAAUGUUUAAUGAAACUUUACUAUAAAAAUAAUAAUAAAAGAUAUGCAAAUAUAUGUGUUCUAUUCCUUGGGCAUGCUUAACAGACUUUUAUGUUGUAAAAUUAAGAUGCCUUGGUGGUUAUUAUGGAGAUCCUGUCCUGGGAUCUGGGGAUCACUGCCGUCCUUGUCCUUGCCCAGAUGGGCCAGAAAGUGGCCGCCAGUUUGCCUCUGGCUGUUAUCAAGAACGUUCUACUCUGCAGGUGGUGUGUGUCUGCGAGACAGGAUAUAAAGGUAAAAUACCUUGUGAAACCAAGUAAGUUGUUGUUGUUGUUUAGUCGUUUAGUCGUGUCCGACUCUUCGUGACCCCAUGGACCAGAGCACGCCAGGCACUCCAAGUAUAGUGUAUAGAAACCAAGUAUAGUGUAUGGAAACCAAGUAUAGUGAAUGCUAUUAAAUUGAAGCCAUUUCAAUGAGCAUACAUAUUUUGAUUAUCACAAAGUGUCAUAUUUUACACUUACACUUACAAUUAUUAUUAUUGUUAUUUUAUUAAAUUAGUUGCUCAAUCUUAGGAAUGGUUCACUUGUUAGUAAUAAUAAUUCUACCAUCAACAAAUGUGCCAUCCACAUAAGUGAUGCUUUAUAAAUAAUAUGUGGUGCUUUGUGCACCAAAGGCAGUGGCAGACUUUUGGGUCUCAAAUUUGAGCAGCACCCUGUGUGACACCAAAAUUUGGCAGACCCAUCCACUUCUUUCCCCCCCAUUCUUCAGCACAGUUCUUGGUGCCUCCGAUGCUCCACCCCCAGUGCAACCAAAUUGGUCAUGUUCCCCUAAAUCUGCCUCUGUUAAAGAGAAACUUUGAAACAUUUUGAAUGGAGCAUAGACAUAGCAACAUAUUAGGUUUCAAAAUCUAUGGAAAAAGCCAGAUUCUCAACCAGCCUAAGUAAUAUUCUCUCUUCUGGCAUGUGAAUUGAUAGUGGCUAAUCUAUCUGAAAUCUUUCUGAUGGUUUUCUUGUUUGUUGUGUGUUAAGUUUCUCCAGAUAAACUUCCAUCCUGCGUCUUAGCACAUACCUUGAUCUUUUCCUCCCCUUUAUCAUGCUUUCUUUUGUAGCUAAUGUUUAUGUUUGAGUGAGCUGAAGAGAUUUCUUCUUCCUUUGAUUUGGUUUGUUGAGCAGGGAGCAGAUGUGGCGAGUGUGCUUCUGGUUUCUUUGGAAACCCUGAGGAUGUUGGUGGAAUUUGCCAGCCCUGCCAGUGCAACAACAACAUUGACUCAACUGAUCCGGAGGCCUGCGACAAGACGACUGGAUUGUGCCUGAAGUGCUUGUAUCACACAGAGGGUGAAAACUGCCAACUGUGUAAACACGGUUAUUAUGGCCGGGCUGUUCAGCAGGACUGUAGAAGUAAGUAGGGGAAGGUCUCUGCUGCUGACCUUUGCAAGCAUCACUUUUAUUCUUUUAAGCACGAAGGUAUUAUUUGGUGCACUGGGAAUUUGCAGAUUGGGAGCAUAAUCCUUCAUUAAAGGUCAACAGAUAACUCAAACCUAGUUUGAAUGGGGCACUUAAGUGAAGAAGAACUCCAAGCCUGAUCUUGAAAAGAUGAGGCUUUUGUGUGAGAGAAGGCUUUCUUGUUAGCUUUCAUUGUUUUCUUCUUAUCAGGAGAAAAGCCCAGGCCAUUUCCUGCAGCCCCUCAGGCUUUGGAGGAAGAAGAGGGGAUUGUCUUUUGUUUACAGAGACAUUCCUGGUAAAGAGUAGAAGUGGAUUUCUGAAAAGUCAUAGGGGGUGGGGAGAGAAUAUGCGCCAUAACAAGCAACAAUAUUCAGAAAUCCUCUUCUUCUACUCUUUGCUUUUCUGUUAUAUUUUAUGCAUCAGGCAGUAGUGAAUAACCUCAGCUGAUAGGUAUAGAACUAUAUGUCUUAAGAAAAACGCUUAAAAGUGUGUGUUUAAAAGUUUUAUGCUGUGAAGUGUGACCUAGAAACUAGCAGUAUUUUAAUGUUUAGAUGUAUGGACUGCCCCAUCCCAAAGGCUUCAGGUAUGCUUCCUUAUCUAUUAAUCUUUUCAAAACAAUCUCCUGAAGUAGAUCAGUAUCAUUUCCAUUUUAAACUUUGGGAAUAUACCAUGAGAACUGGUUCUUGCUCUGUGCCUGCUUAUGAGUCCAUGGCUGAAGCAGUAUUUUAAUGCAAAUCUCAUAGUUCCUACCAGGUGGAUAGUGGUUGUUUUGCUCCCCAAGAAUGAAAAACCUAAAGAGAGUGAGUUUGUUGGAUCAGGCGAUGUUCACAAAUGAGAGAAGCUGAGCUUUUGAAUAAUGCAGAUAGUUGUGAGAAUUCACUGAGAAAAUUAAAUUUUGAAACCUGACUUCAGCCCAGCAACUUCAUUUUGCUUUGACAUGUAGAGAGCAAGUGGGGGAUAUGUAGGAAAUGACUCACAGAUGCUGCUUAUAUUCUUGUGUCUGGAGCAGGGAAAUGACAGCUGCUGGAGACAUUUAUGCUUGGUGGGCCUCUUUUUCUCCACACACCACCCCCCCCAUACUAGGACCUCAUUUUCACACCAUUGUAUAUACCGGCCCACUAAACUCUCAUCCUUCCUAUAAUCUUUUGGAAAUAUAAAAGUGGCUACAGAGAAAUAAAUCUUGUUCUGCUGGGGUUGGAAUCUUUACGAAGAUUUUUAACCAGUCUCUGGCCCAAGCCACUGUUCCACCCUGUCUGAAAUCUGCUACCAUUAUACCCCUGCCAAAAACAUCAAAGAUAGACAGUCUGAAUGAUUUUCGCCCUGUGGCGCUGACACCCAUUAUAAUGAAAUGUUUCGAAAAACUGGUGAGGAAGCGCAUCUUAUCUUGUCUGCCAGUGGGACUUGACCCUUACCAGUUUGCGUAUAAGGCAAAGAGAUCCACAGAGGAUGCUGUGGCAAUGGCUUUACAUGCUGUCCUGACUCAUUUGGAGAAGCAAGGGAACUACGCGAGACUGUUAUUUGUAGACUUUAGUUCUGCAUUUAAUACUAUUCUUCCGCAUAGAUUGGUGCCCAAAUUAUUAGACCUGGGACUUCCACCAUGUUUGUGCAGGUGGAUAUUAGACUUUCUAUCAAACCGUUCCCAAAGGGUCAGGUUGGGUUCCCACGUCUCUGCGGAUCUCAUCACGAAUACGGGGACGCCUCAGGGGUGCGUGUUGAGCCCGCUUUAUACACGCUCUAUACAGCUGACUGUGCCCCCAAAUACCCCACUAAUAAGAUCAUUAAGUUCGCAGAUGAUACAACGGUGGUUGGUUUAAUUACGGCUGGAGAGGGGGAGACGGCCUAUAGGAAGGAAGUUGAGCAGUUGGGGAGUGGUGCAGGAAAAACAACUUACUGCUUAACUUAAAGAAAACAAAAGAGAUCAUUGUGGACUUUAGGAAAUGUAAAUUGAAUAUUCGGCCACUUUUCAUUGAGGGAAGUGCGUGGAACAGGUCUCAGUUUUUUGAUUUCUGGGAAUGGAGUUGAGAGACGACCUAACCUGGGGAGAGAACAGCAAAGACCUGGUGAAGAGAGCACAGCAGAGGUUAUAUUUUCUGAGAAUCCUCCGGAAAAACAAUCUCUCAAAGGACCUGUCGAUGGCAUUCUACCAUUGCACUGUAGAGAGCGUACUAACUUAUUGUCUGUGCGUGUGGUUUGGGAGCUGCACGGCCAGGGAAAAAACAAUGCUAUCCAGGGUUGUAAAGACUGCAGAGAGAAUUAUUGGGUGCACUCUUCCCACCUUAGAUCAAAUCUAUGCUGCCAGGUGCCAUAAGAAAGCGGCAGAGAUAGCACAUGAUAGUACGCACCCCAGAAAUGAUCUCUUUCAGCUUCUGCCUUCUGGAAGAAGGUAUAGGGUUAUAAAGGCCAGGACUAGCCGCCUGAAAAACAGUUUCUACGCUAAUGCAAUUCUGGUUCUAAACGCAGCAUAAGGGGUUUCUGUAGUAUAGUGUGUUUUAAAAUGGGGUUUUAGAGUUUUUAGGGGUUUUUGAAUGUUUUAUGUAGUUUUGUAGUAGUUUUAUGUAGUUUUGUGGUAGUUUUAUGUAGUUUUUAUGUAGUUUUCAAUUUCAUUGUUCCGCAAGGGACAAUGACAAUAAAGAUAUCGUAUCGUAUCGUUGAGUUGUCCCAGCAAGACAGCAACUGUGGUGUGGUUCUGGCUUGCAGCCUCUGCCCCUUAGUCCCAUUCCCCCAUGUGGAAGUUAGGUUGAGAAAAACAAUCUUAUUGCACCAAAGGGAGGUUUUCCUCCCCCCAAAACUGGUUCUUGCAGAUUUUUUUUCUUUUUUUUCUGGGACCUAAAACUGCCGGUCAGUUUAAUCUGGAUCCUGUGGCAGUUUAUUUCCUGGGGUAAAAUCCUAAAAAAACCUCAACAACAACUACUACUUCAAUUCUAAAAAAAGGUCAACAACUUUGGUCAGCCCUUUGGUUGGCCCUCACGGCCCUUCACUUCAUCAAAUCUGGCCCUAUAUGAAAAAAGUUUGGACACCACUGACUUAUGCCAAUGGGAGCUUUUCUCUAAGCCUAAUUGCUGAGGGAAGUGGUUGCUCUUUUUCCGAGAUGGUGGCAGGGAAGGAUUCAUCCUCCCUUCCCUGCACUCAAAGAAAUUAUGCUUUGGGGGUUGGGAUCAGGCAAGAUCCCACUGCUGCCAAUGGGAGCUUUGUUGCCGUGUCUUGAUUGCCACACAAGGCACUUUUCAUUGGAGUGGAAGCUGAUAAGGGAAGUGUUAACCCUUCUCUUCCCAUGAACUCUUAUUUUGACAAAAUACCACCCCCCCUGUGAAGGAAAAGCAAAAGAGAGGAGGCAACCUUUCCUACUACUGGCUUUGGCCUUGCCCACCCUGGUUGCGCAGCCUGGAAGAGAUUAUCCCCAGGGAACGUGACCCUUGAUAUCUCACAAAGCUUCUCCAAAUCUGCUACAAUGGCUUAUUACAUGUCGCAGUUUGAUAACAUAUUAAUCACCCAAGUGUACUGCAACAUGUUACAUUCUCUGCUCUUUCACCCCCAGAGUGUGUCUGCAACUACUUGGGAACAGUGCGUGAGCAUUGCAACAGCACUGAAGAAUGUCAGUGUGAGAAAGAAACUGGCCAAUGCCAAUGCCUUCCUAAUGUGAUUGGACAGAACUGUGACCACUGUGCCCCCAAUACUUGGAGGUUGGCUAGUGGGACAGGGUGUGAACCAUGUGGCUGUGAUUCUGAACGUUCCUUUGGCUCAUCUUGUAACGAGGUAAGAAAAGCUGAUUGCUGUAGAGUCAGACCAUUCAGGGCUAGCUCUGCUCUCCCACCGCUGCUACUACUACUAUGACUACUACUCCUACUAAUAUUUUAUUUAUACCCUGGCCACUCUGGGUGGCUUCCAACACAUAAAAACAUAAUAAAACAUCAAACAUUAAUAGUAACAAUCUGAUCCAAUAUAAAAGUCACAAUAACUUUAAAAUAAACAACUUAUAUCAAACAAAGCAACAUUCAACAAUACAUCAGAAUCUAAUAGUAAACAGUAAAAUUAAACUUAGCACACUAUCUCACAUUUGAGAAGUUUAAUAGCAGCAAGAACAUGUGAUGUUGAUAAUGGUAAGAAUAUGAGAUAACAAUAAUAGUAUGAGAUCUAAUGGUAGUGUUGGCCGUUCUAUCUAAUUUUUUUAUUGCGUUUGCUUAAACUUGUAUUCUGCCUUGAUAUUUCAUCUGAAUAGAGGGUGUAGAAACGUGUUUAGGAAUUAAAUAAAUUCACAUGCCACAGGGAUUUUAAAUAAUCCAACAGAAAGCAACUCUGUGCAUACUGAGCUCUGUGAGUUUUGUAUGUACCAGUUUUGUUUGUUGUCUUAAUAUUGAGGAGCAUUCAAAUGCAUGUUCUUGCAAAAGUCACACUAUUUGAGUACAGUGGAUGACUAUUGUAUCACAGUGUUUGGCAGUAUGACAAAUUGCUUUGUAUUAGUGUUGAGAGAGAAUUUCCAACAGGUUAUUUUGGCCAGUGGCCCUGUGGGCUGUUUGCUUUAGCUUGACUUGCCUGCUUACAUAAAUCUAUAGCUGCUUGUUCUGCUGGCAUCAUUUGUACAUGGUGCCUGCUGCCUGCAAAAUCCUGUUUGGACCUGACUUAAUUUACCAGGGGAAUCAGGGUCUGGUACAUAAGAUUGUCAUGCUCUGGGACAUGGCAAUCAGCUGUGAGUGGUGCUGAAAAGUUACAUCAAGGAUAAUGGUUAAAAUUUAAUAUCCCAUCAGAUGUGAUGAUGCUUUAGAUGUUUCUUGAAGAGCUAUUGCUGCAGCAAUAGCUACAAUGCAGACUAGCUAUGACUUGAAGUAAAAACCCAUUCAUUUCACUAAUUCAUUCAUAAUCACCUGAUGAUUUCCAUAGAAGGUUGCAUUAACAGUUGAAAACAUUUCUCUACAGAGUUAGUGUGCCACACAUUUGCACUUGGUAUACAGUACUAGGAAGCAGCGGCCGACUGAUCUGCUAACUCAUGUUAUAUGCAGCAAAAUACACACGUGUAAUUGUCACACAUAAUGGGUUGCUCCCUAAUUCUUACAUGAAACCAAGAAGCUUGCUGAUAUUUCAAGUUCCUUUUCUCUCUAUUAAUGUGACAUUCAACCUGAUUUUUCUAUUUACUGAGCCUUUGCAAGUAUUCAGAGACCACAAAAGGUAAUAACGGGAAGAGCAUGCGCUCAAAACUAUGUUGGUGUGGUAUAUUAUGUAUAUUUGUGUAUUCAUUAAUAUGAACCAUUGUAAUUCCUUUGAAAAUCUGAUGAACUGUUAAUACUAAAGGACCUAAUACAGCUACUUGAAAGUGUUCUUCACCAUAAGCUUGAAACCCUGCAAGUAACUGAUAUGAAGUCGGAAACAGUGGAAUCUAUUGUUUAGCCAACUUCUGUUAUUGUAAAGAUAUGAAAGUUACAGAGAAUGCUUGGUGUGGGAGAUCCAUAUUUUCAAAAGGAAUUGCAACUGAGGGAGAAGAAUUUGAAUUGACACUGUGGUACUGGAAAGGGCUUAAUCCUUUCUCCUGUUCCACUUUUCCAAAGGAAUAUGUCUUUGUGUGAUCUUUGACCUGCAGUCUCAGCUGCAAGGGGAACAUCCUUUCUUGGGGAAACAGUGCAAGAAGUAUUGGUUUUCUGAGUAGCCUCUUCCCGAGCUGCUAUUGACUCUUAACAAAACUAACUGAGAUCCUAUCUAAGGAUCUCCAGAGUCAUGUGUACCAUGUCCAUAAUUCUGAUAGGUGGCCAGUUAACAUUUUUAGCUCUUUUGACACUUAAUGUAUCGUAUUGACAGAUGGCUCUAGUGGCCUAAUAAAGUCCCUGUGGCUUGUUCACUUUGUGAAAUGCACCCUGUUCAGCUUAUUUUUGUUGCAUUUGUUUGAAUUAACAGUUUACUGGGCAGUGCCAGUGCAUGCCAGGAUUUGGAGGGCGCACAUGCAACGAGUGCCAGGAGUUUUUCUGGGGUGAUCCUGGUGUGGACUGCCAAGGUGAGCACAUUACUUUCAUUGUUCCACGUGCAUUAUUAGCCUUUUGAAGGAGCACUUCUGUAUGUGAAAUCUGCAUGCGUUUCCCAUAUUGUAGCUUCUGCUGCGGUUGGGAGCCUAGAGAUAAUUGCUGAUAGCUUGCCCUGUGCCUAUGCGUGUAGAAAGGAAACAAAGCAGCAUUCAUAUCUGCUCCCUCAUGCUAUGUUGCAAGGAAUUAGAUACACGAGAGAACUAUGAUUCUAUAGUGCAUUCAUUAGCCUCUUCAUGUUGCAAUGUUUGUUACUAUACAGCACUUAAAAAAGAAGCUCACUGAUCUUGGCUGGCUUUUUUAAAAAUGCUAUUUUUGUGAAACUAAAUUUAAUUCUAGUAAGGGUUUGGUUUUGAAGUGGAUUUUUGCAGCUUUGUAACAGAAAUGGCAGACUGGCUUUAGAUGAUAGAGAUUUAGAUGUUCAUUUUCUAGUUUAUAGUAGUUGGUUUUUUCAUAUUGUUAACAAAAAUAAUGUGAAAAGAGUAUUUUCAGUUUUUCACAUGGGGAGAAAAGUGUCUUCUCGUUUUGGUUCUGUAAGAAAAGCACAGCAUAGAAUAAAAGGGGAGCAGCACCUAGGUGUAUAAAUAAAUUAAGAACUCAUUUACUGAGGCAUGCUUUGUAAAUAUGCCUGAUCACUUCAAUUGCUAUCCAAACCAGAACACCAUACACAUUUAAUGCCACUUAAAGCACAUUACUUAUGCCAAAGAACUCUGGGCACUGUAGUUCACCCUUAACAGAGCUACAAUUCCCAGCACCCUGAACAAAAUACAGUUCCCAUCAUUCUUUGGGGAAAGCCUCUUAGGCUUUCACAUUGUGCCGUUAACUAUGGUGGUUGCCUCACCUCUAAAAGGGUACUGAAGAGCUGGAAAGGGUUCAGAAAAGGGCAGUCAAAAUGAUCAAGGGGUUGGAAAGGUUCCAACUUUUGGGUCUUUUUUGUUUGCAGAAAAGGUAAGUAAGAGAGGGCAUGAUAGAAGUGUAUAAAAGUAUGCACAGUCUUGAGAAAGUGAUAGAGAAAAGCUUUUCUGCCUCUCUCAUAAAACUUGAACCCUGGAGUACCCAAUUAAGCUGAGAUUCAGGACAGACAGAAUAUAGUUCUCCAUACAGUAUAUAGUUAAACUAUGGAAUUUGCUCUUAGAAGAGGUAGUGAUGGCUACCAACUUGAAUUACCGUAUUUUUUGCUCUAUAAGACUCGCUUUUUCCCUCCUAAAAAGUAAGGGGAAAUGCGUGUGCGUCUUAUGGAGCGAAUGCAGGCUGCUUGGCUAUCCCAGAAGCCAGAACAGCAAGAGGGAUUGCUGCUUUCACUGCGCAGCGAUCCCUCUUGCUGUUCUGGCUUCUGAGAUUCAGAAUUAUUAUUUUUCUUGUUUUCCUCCUCCAAAAACUAGGUGCGUCUUGUGGUCUGGUGCGUCUUAUAGAGCGAAAAAUACGGUACUUUAAGAGGAAGAUUAGACAAAUUCAUGGAGCGUAAAACCUGAAUGGCUACAAGCCACAACGGCUAUGUUCUGCUUCCACUAUUGGAAGCAAUAUGCCUCUGCUGAAUAGAGAUGGCAAGUCUAGUAACUGCAGACAAUUGCACUCAGGUCCUUGUGAGUUUCCCAUACACAUCUGGUUGUUUACUGGGAGAAGAGAGUACUGAACCAGAUGGGCCUCUAGUGUGAUCCAACAGGGUGCUUCUUAUUUUUUUAAAUUCUGAAAAAUUCAGAUCUAGUCGUAUUCACUGGAUUUCAAACCAAUUCCUGCUGAAGUGUGUAUUUGCGUGAAUCUGGGUAUCUAGAAGCUGCAUUUAAAAAUUGUUUCCGCUGAAUAAAAAGGCCCAAAUAACUUCAUUUUUUGGCAUCAAGUAUAUAAAGGAUUAGCCAUUACACAGGGGGGAAAUUGUGUUUAAUGGGUAGGCUGGAAUCAGAUCAGAAUUCUAUUAUCUUUCAAGACUAAAUGACUUUGUUAUAAGAGUCCAAAUCCUACUGAAUCCCCCAGAUUUCCUCUUUCUGGAACAGCAUGCCUAAGAGACAAAAAUACUGGUUAGCUUGGGAUUUAGCAUUAAAAUAGGGCAUAUUGCCAGGAGCUUUUGGAGUAUUGUUUUAAAUUAAAAUGCAGUUGUGCUUGUUUUAAUUCAACACAACUGCUAAUAUUUGCAUUGUAUGUAUUAUUGAAUAAAAACCUCAAGAACAGGAAGAAGAGAUGGGGGAAAGUUUUGUACUUAUUGUUUUCUAACAAUAGUAGUUACUGAAGGUAGGAUAUCUGAAAUUUUCAGAAGUUUCUCAAAGGUGUACUUAGGUAGGUGCAGGUCUGUUUCUAUGAAACAGGUUUAGAAAACAUGUAAACACUUGCAAAACUCUAAAGCAUCCCAUCAACUGAGACCUGGUUCACAGGUAUUCACAGGCUAGUUCACGGGUAUUGUUUCUGUGACCUUCCAAGGUUAUCUCAGGUUUCCAAGCCUGGUUUGAAAGGCAAGCACAAACCAUAGAUUGUUAGUUGAGAUGUAAUGACAAACUAUGGUUUGCCUGGACUAGGAAGUAACUGACCCUGAACACACAAGGAGGAAUAAAGCACUUAAUUCUAGAUUUUAUAAGCUAUGACUUGAAGGGUAGCAAACAUUAUGCAAGAACUAUAUUUCAGCUUGACUGCUGUUCAAAACUGUUUGCAUGUGAGGAUAUACAGCAUUAGGUAAAAGAAACUGGAGCAUACAUAGUUUAAUUUUACUGACACCAUUAAUUCAGUUCAGACCUAUGUUUUUAGCUAAUAUAUAUACUAUCUCAGCCAUCACCAACCUGAUGUUCUCCAGAUGCUUUGGACUACAACUCCCAUAAGCUCCAGACAGCCAGAUGUCUUUCAAGCGUGUUUUUUGUCCUCCAUUGGGAAAAUAAGAUGUUUUUUGUCCUCCAUUGGGAAAAUAAGAAUAACAACCUAAUGAUUUUGCAUAAACGUCAUCAUCUACAAGAUGUCUGUGUGCUACAGGGGUUGUCAUAGCCAAAUGAGGAAAAAAACAAGGGGAAUUUUGCAUUUUGGUACGUAAGAUAAGAGACUUGCAAUGUCUUCAUCAUGUUCUAUGGAACUUGGGUGUCCUAGAGAUCCCGUUCAAUAAGAGUUUUCUAGCUACAUACAUUGUAAUUGUGGAAUGUAUGAGAUUUGGCUUCUUUACAUUUUUAUUAGGAUUGUCUACUCCAGGCAUCCAGAUGUGCUACCUAGGGAUUUGCACUGACGUUGUUUUUUUUAAAAAAACAUUCCUCUAUUCCACAUGUGUAUUGUUCUAAUCAAGUACUGGAUGAUCCAGCAACAGUUAGUGUUCCCAAGUGUGUCCAGCACUAGGAAGUUCGCAUGGGAAUUUUCCAAGUACAUGCUAUCCUGAUUUGAUCCUCUAAAGAGUUUCUGAGGAGUAUGGAAUAGCUUUUUAGUGUUUAUUCAAUAGUCAAAAAUAAAAACAAGAGAAAAAUUGGGGGCCCUGAAGAACUGUAGCACACAGAAAUUAGGUAGGAAAUAGGAUUGCACUUGAUUCACUGCUAGUCAUAUAGGACUCAUUUUUAUUUGUAUAUUUACUUAUAUUUUACUAUUACAUUUAUAUACCACCUUUAUCUUCCAAGGAGUUCAAAGUAGGGUACAAGGUUCUCCUUCCCAUUUCAUCCUCAACCCUGUGAGGUAGGUUAGGCUAAGAGAUGGUGACUGGCCCAAGGUCUCUCAAUGAGCUUUCAUGGUUGAUUGAGGAUUCGAACCCUGGCCCAACACUCUAACCAUUACACCAGGGAAAUGCCAUUGUUAGGUUCUUUAGGGGCACUGGAUCAUUUACAGAGCUCUGUACCAGGUUGAUUGGUUAUCUUGACAGAUUUAUUUUGACAUAUAAGCAGAAGAGGGAUCAAAUUAUUUAUCACUUUUAAUUCUUCUGUAGUUACCUGUUCAUACAUAGCACUAAAUUAUGGUUUAUUCAACUACACACACACACACACACACACGUACGUAUUAAAAGUUCUGUAUUAUCCUUGUUACAACUGGAAUUUGGUCUUUUCGUAUACCAUAAAUGAACAUGCAAUUUUGUGUUCUGUUUAUUAUAUUCAUAAAAAUGCCUCUGAAUCACAGACAUUUGAGGCAAAAUCCCAAUGCCUUCAAAGAAAAGAUAAAUAUAAAUGCCCAUUCGUUUCAGUCUGAUCAGGAUCGUGUGCUGAAAAGCGAAACAAAAAAUAACUUGACAUGCUAAAAUGGAUUGAAUGUGUAAUGUGAUAUUAUCUUGGGAUCUUCAAGAGAAGGCAGCCAUAUAUACUGGUGGGCUUCUGUUUUCGUUACACCCAUGUAAGGAAUCCGAAUAAUUCACCAUUAUCCAGAUAGUCUAAUUUCCCACAAAGUAAUAAUAGUUUACUGGUGGUGGAAAGGGUUAAGUGCCUCCUUUCCCCUUCAAUCUUCAAAGAGGAAUGAGUUGCCGGAGGGGGUUUAAGAGGGGGUUUAUGUUCCAUUGCAAUUCACUGUGGGAAUGCUGAAGUCUCUUUGAUGGAAAUAAAACCCCUUGUGUUGGCUUAUAAUUCUGAGAACAAAAAGGCCAUUUUGUUAAAUUGCACCAACAUAAGUUGAACAGCAGGACAACACAUUUUUUUUGUAUCCUAUGUAUUGAAUUCCUCUCUACAAGAAAGCUGGUUUUGUUUAUGGUAACUUGUUCUUUUAAAUGGUUUUUAAGAAACUUGGCCAAGAGAUGUGAAUAUUUAAAUAACAGUAUGUGCCCAAAGUAUUAGCCCAACCCGAAGCUUCCCUUUCUUACAUGUUCUUAUGGGAAGUUUGAAUAUUUGUGGAAGAAACCUUGACAAUAGACCACAACAUCCAGACAAUACCUUACAGGAUUCCUGAUUGAUGGAUCAUUUGCAUAUGUUAAAUUUGUGAUGCCUUUUUGAAGGAUGUGGCAUUUUCCUAUGGGCUUUACAUUGCUGGGAGUCAAACUCCUGUCAUUUUGGAUGCUGGCAGCAUGUGCCUUUUAAAAAUGAUUCCAUUUCAUUUCACCUGUAGCUGUGAUGGAAAGGAUUCUCCCAACUGUCUCAUUCCAUGUUAAAAUGAAGCUUUUCAACACUAGUAGCUUCUAGUUUUCUUGUCCUGCCUGGCUAUUUGGGGUCAACUAAUGGAAAGUGCCAACUACCUAUUGAUUGUAAAUUCUAUUUCUGCUACACUAAUAAGCGCGGUCCAGAGCCAUUCAUAUCCAUGGGAGUUUUGUCAUUGACCUUAGUGGGAUGUAAAGUGCAUUCAUAGUGCAGACUGUUGGUCUUCAGACUGGUGGGACGGAACCUGCUGGUGGGUCAUGGGUUGAUUUAAAGUGGGUCACAACAGUAGCCAUACAACAUACCAUCAUGCGAAUAUAUUUCAAUAAAUUAAGAAACAUGGCUCCAAGGUCUGAAAAUCUUGCAGACUACUGGUUUUUAGACUAUAGUACAAAUACUUUUGAUGAGAAAUAAAACAGCUAAACUUAACCAGUACUGCACUUUAAACCCUGUGGAUUAUCUCUGACCCACAUGUGGGGAGCAGAAGCAAGAAAGGGAGGAGAAUUGGGAGUGUCAGGAACAGGGAAGCACUCCCUUGUAUCAGUUCACUAAUUCACAUUUAAUUUGCACACAUUUCACUUCUAUUCCAACCUUCCUCCAAGGAAUACAGGGCAGCAAACAUGAGCCUCACAGCAACUUUCUGGAGCAGGACAGGCUAAGGUGUAAGACAGGCUUCAGUAGGGACAUUAUGGUUGGAUAGAGAUUUGAAUGCAGAUCUCGCUGGCGUUGGCAUGCACAGCUAUGGAGUGUGAUCUGGACAUUCGCCCACCAAAUAGAUGGAUAAUCCCCAAGCUGCAGGAGUAGCAAUUUUUCAGGAGAAUUGGCAUGGUUUUGUUCAUUUGUAAAACCGCCGCCUUAUUUGGUGGUUCCCCGCCCCUGGUUUGUGGUGUCUCCAUUUAUUUUUGUCUCUUUUCAGCUUGUGACUGUGAUCAACGUGGCAUCCAGACCCCACAAUGCAACCGCACGACUGGGCAAUGCAUCUGUAAUGCAGGGGUUGAGGGAACCCGUUGCGAUAAGUGCACCCGAGGCUACUCCGGCACCUUCCCAGACUGUGCACCAUGUCACCAGUGUUUUGCUCUUUGGGAUGUCAUCAUUAGUGAGCUGACUAACAGGACACAGAGAUUCCUGGAAAGAGCGAAAGCCCUGAAAAUCACAGGGCUCAGUGGUCCUUACCGGCAGACACUCAGCUCUGUGGAGGAAAAACUGAAUGAGAUUAAAAGUAUCAUUGCUCAAAAUCCUGCUGCCGAGCCUCUUAAGAACAUUGGAAAUCUAUUUGAGGAAGCAGAGUAAGUGUGGCAUAAAACACAAAUAGUGUUCUUUCGCAUUUGCUCAGACAUGGGGAGUGGGGAUCUCGUCAUUCUGCAAUUUUAAUUAGACUUGUAAGCAGAAAGUAAAGAAAAAGAAGGUUGGAACUGUGCCUUACAGUGAUUAUGGAAAAUUUGAAGGAAACUGUGAAACUGCUUUUCAAUUAACAAGGUGGCACACCUGUUCAUUCCUUAUCUUCUCCCUGAGUAUAGGAUAGAGACUUCCGUUAAAAUGAAGGAAUGUGGGAUGAGAAAUGAUGUGCUUGAAAUGUUCCGCCUCUAGCAAAUUGCUCCUUCCUGUCCCUCCUUUCAGUCUAAGGAAGGGAAACUGCAAGACUGAUUUGGUUUCUUGAUACCACCAGUUGUUUUUGUAGCCUUAAUGACAGUCGAGCAAUUAAAGUAGCUUAACUGUAUUAGGCAACUUAAUUGGGUACAAAUUAGGUGACUUAACUGUACCAACUUCUGUUAAUGGAUGAUCAUACAAUCCUUUCAGGUUUUUAGUUUAACCUAACAGCUUGUGCACUUUCCCCUGCAGAACUUGGUCCUGCAUAAGAAAAACCAAAAUACAUUACCCCUUUUAGUACUUUGUAUGCAUUCGGCACCGACCAUUUCCCUUGGAGCGCUGUGCAAUAAUUUCCCCCCACUGCAGAUGAUAAUUUAAGAAUUAAGCACUGCUGAACAUGUUUAGACAUAAUUUAUACCCACCCUGAUUUGUACUUUUAUCAGUUGCGAAGACCUGUUGUAUGCAUGCCAAAAGAGAGGUUUCAAAAACUGCAGUUUCAAAAUCUCAGGCUUGGCAGACGACCACAGCACAGUCUUGCCCAAGUGUUGUCUCGCAAGGGCUUUCAGUACCUUUUGUUUUCUGGCACUGUUAUUCUUCAGGUGGUGCCAAAUUAUAAGCAACUCCUGUAUGGAUUAGCCUGUGUGAAUCAACUUUCCCCCAGUAUUAUCAGUGUGGUCUUGCUUUGGUUUACUCGCCUACCCUGUUUGUGAGUUUUGCUUGCCAUAAUAUAGAUCUUACUACUGGAUCUUCUUUAUUUUUCAGUUAUGCAGUUUUAAGGCACACACAGAGAAAUUUCCCAAGAAAAUAUCCUGGAGAGUUAAAAAUGCAAAAACAAAACAAUUGCCAUGCCCUAACAACUCCUUAAUUCACAUGCAUCUUUGAAGAAAGAGUUCACUACAUUCUCCCUUCCUUGCUAAACUGUUGUUGCAUUUUUAAAGCUAUAAUAAGCAGCAGCAUUUGAACACUAGUUUUCUACAUUCAGUUUUCAUUUGCAGAACAAAUCAAUCUCAAACGAUGCAUGAUGGAGAGAAGUGUUCUUAAUUCAGGGCCUAACUCUGACUACUUGCCCUUGUUGGUCCCACCCUAGGAACAAAAGAAGUCAUGCUAGAUCAGGCCAGAGGGCCAUCGAGUCCUCGUUCUCACAAUGGCCAACCAGGUGCCUAUGGGAAGACUGCAAGUAGGAAUUGAGUUGAACAGCACUCUCCCCACCUGGUAUUACCAGCAAUUGGUAUAUGAAGGCAUACUCCCUUGGCCACUGGAAGUACCGUAUUUUUCGCUCUAUAGGACGCACCUUGUUUUGGAGGGGGAGAACAAGAAAAAAAAUUCUCCUCCUCUCUGCUCAGCGCCCCUUCAGCGAAGCGGCAGGAGAAACGUAGCCCCUUCCAUUUCUCCUCCCGUUUCGCUGAAGGGGCGCCGCGCAGCUCUCCCUCUCUGCUGAAGCCGGGAGAGUCUUGCUCUCCCGGCUUCAGCAAAAGGAACCCAAAGCCUUCGGAGCACAGCGCGAGGUCCCGCCGUGCUCCAAAGGCUUCAGGCAGCUAUCCCUGAAGCCUGGAGAACGAGAGGGGUCGGUGCGCACCGACCCCUCUCGCUUUCCAGGCUUCAGCGAAAGCAACGCGUAGCCUCCAGAGCGCGGAGGGAGCGCUCCCACUGCGCUUUGGAGGCUUUGCGUUGCUAUCGCUGAAGCCAAGGAGCCUGCAUUCGCUCCAUAGGACGCACACACAUUUCCCCUUAAUUUUUGGAGGGGAAAAAGUGUGCCCUAUGGAGCGAAAAAUACGGUAUAAUAUUGCCAUCAUGUUGCCCUACCCUAAAAAUUCCUACUGAGCUUUUGCACAAAACAUUUUCCACUGGCAUUUUCCACAUGUGAGGGUUAGGGAAAGUGGGUCCUGUUCCCUGCUGUAUGUGCAUUUGGUGUAACUGAGGACUACAGAAGAACACAAAUGCUGGGACAGUUGUUAUAGUAGGGUUAAGGAGAAUUUCCCCUUUUUAAAGCAAGAUACCUUCCACAAAUACAUUAAUAUCUCAUUUCAUUUGUUCAGAGGUUGAGUCCAUGCAGAUAAUGCACAUGCCCAAGGACUGAUUCUCUAGGCUUGGCAACUUCCCUCAAAAUGUUGUUUAUGUUCAUUAUGAUGAGUCCUACUUUGUGUUAAACGUGGAGGAAGUCUACAGCACAGCCAGCUUCCAUUUUGUCUCAUAUUUUACGGAAUAAAAUAAUCUAUUAUGCAUUGACCCUCCCACCCCUUAAUCAUAACUAGUUCGUCUGUGAAAGAGUCUGUGAAAAAUAAAUUAACAACCAUUUGUUAACUAUGUGGGAUACAAAAGAAAUUAUGUAUGGAUUCUAUGAGCCAAUGCUAUGACCUAUGCAGUUGGCAAAGUUCAAGCACAUUACAGCAGACUUCUGGAAUCCAGAUUGAGUUAAAUCUCACACAAAACAGCUGUUCUCUGAGCUCUUUGCUGCUUUCUGCUUAUAAAAUGUGAUUUUGUUUUUAAGCCACAAAUUCUGAUUAAUGAGUAUUUUGAGUAGGGAAGUUGUAACAAACUCAUUAACCACAUUCUUGGGGUGAAAAGGAAGGAAUUAACCUAUCAUUUGGAUUUAUUUAUAUUUUAAAUUCAAGGCCAGUAGGUUUUUGUUUUGUAACAAUAAAUGUUGGUUCUGUUUGGUUCACAGGAAGUUAACAGCAGAUGUUACAGAAAAGAUAGCUGAAGUAGAAGAAAAAGUAUCCAAGGUGGCCUCUGAAAGCAAUACCACAGACACUCAACUGAGCACCCUUGAGGCAGAUGCAAAGAGCCUAGACAAUGUUGUGAAAGAACUUGCAGAGCAACUAGAAUUCAUAAAAAUAUCUGAUGUUCGGGGUCAGUGUUUGUAUGCUUGUGUUUUGGGAAUAAGUUUAAUUAGGGGGGAGGAAUCCAACCAAAAUUAAGUGCUUUGAUUUAUCAUUUAUUUCAGAGCAACAAAAUUAAGUUUGUGCUUAAUAUGCCCAGUCAAUUAUAUGUGCUUAACGAUGGCUGUAGCAUGCCUUUCAUUUUCUUGGAAGAGCACGCAGAGAUCUUGGGUCUGUUGACUUCCAGGGCAAUUACACCCAGUGUAUUGUGUACAUGCUUCUCAUGUUACAAUUUCAAAUGAGGCCAGCCAGAAUACUCAAUAAUCAUCACAUUGGGUUUUUGCAGGAGCCUUGGACAGCAUCACCCAGUAUUUCCAGAGGUCCCUGGAUGCUGAAAGGAGAGCCAAUGCCUCAACUCUUCUUCCUGGUAGCGUAGUAGAGCAGUCAGCUGAAAUGCGCCUAGAGGUGGAGAGCUUGAUGAAUGAGACUGAGGCCAGCUUCAAGGUUAAGCAAGAAGAGCAGUCACGCCUCUUGGAUGAACUUGCAGGCAAGCUCCAAAGUCUGGAUCUUGCAGAAGUGUCUGAGAAGGUAAAGUGCAGAGCCUUUGGUAAAAGGGCCAGUGACUGCAGAAAAGGGCCAGAGAAUGGUCAUAAAACAAGAAGAGCUAAAAGACAGGAGCAGCGUUGAAUAUGCUGCAUGUAAAUGGAAAAGUGUGAGAGCUGCAGUUGGGCACAUUGCAAUGGAUUACAGAGGCUAAUGUGCUCUUUUACAGAUACAUUACAAAUGAGGCACAUAUAAAGAAAACUAAAGCCCUAUUUAGGCAGUCACCUUCAUGUAUGGUGUAACAGGGAGAGAGGGGCUAUUCUGUGUGGGGUGGUGGGCAUUUCAAAUUCCUGAUCCCAUCCACCCAUGUAUUGGGUGCUGAAGUGUGGAAGGGGGCAAUAAAAUCCCUCCUGCAUAACAAGAGAACAUAAAUGAGAAGAGGGUCUAACCGGGCAGCCACUUUCUGGAACAAAAAAGAAUGAGAAUUCCACACCUUUGGACCAUUCAGUAAUGAUUGGAACGAAGUUUUAAAAAAGAAGGGACCAAUGUUUUCCACAAGAAGGGAGUUUUGGGUUACAGCCACUGGCUUGAGAAUAUCUAAUAAAAGUUCAUUUUUUUCAGUUACUGGAAAUUAGUAAGAACAUAAGAUGAGUCUGUUGGUUCAGGCCAAUGACCCAUCUAGGCCAGAUCCUGUUCUCAGUGGCUGACCAGAUGCAUGUGCAAGUUGAACAUGAGUGCAACAGCUGAAAUCUGACCACCUGGUAAUCAGAAGCACAGUACCUCUAACGAUGGAGGUAGAACAUGGCUAUUAUGGCUGCUAGCAACUGAUAGCCUUGUCCUCCAUGAAUUUGCCUGAUCCUCUUUUAAAACCAUCCAGUUUGAGGACCAUCAUUGCCUCCUGUGGCGCAAGUUCCACAGCUUAGCUGUGUGUUGAGUGAAGAAGUACUUUCUUUUAUCUGUUCUGAAUCUUCCAGUGUUCAGCUUCAUUGGAUGCUCAGUGUUAUGAGCGGGUGAGAAUGCCUUUUCUUUACCCACUUUCUCCAUGCUAUGCAGAAUUUCUUAAAAUUCUCUAAACUCAAAAGUCCGAAGAAGCUGCAACCUUUCCUCAUAGUCAUUCCACCCCUUAAUCAUUUUGGUUUCCCUUUUCUGAACCAUUUGGAACUCUACAAUAUCAUUUUCUUGAGACUGUGCACUGUACCUGACAAGAUAGCUAACCUAGGUAAAUGGAGAGACACUUACUGCUCUGUCUAGCAACCUCACCCACCCACCCUGGUUUUAAGAAAAUGCUAACCUUUCACUUUUGUUCAUUCUUUUCUUGGGGUUGCCCAAAGGCAACUGCUGUUGUCAACAUUCUGCUGUCAGUUAUAAUUAAAAGUAACAUACUGUAGGCAUAAGGUGGGCUAAUCACUUCCCUAAAGCAAACUAGUGUGGCCAAGGUACCGCUCUCCCAAGGUGGAAUAAUUUCAUGCUAACCCCUUCUCCUUUUCAAAUGGGAAUACUAAACUGUAUCGAAAUCUGAUAGCCAUGAAAGAAAACUGCACAUGCAAAUCCUGGUUACGUGCGUCUCAAAGGCCAAUACAAACACUGAGGGGGCAUAAUUAUUCACUGCCCGAGCUGGAGCAGUGCCCCUAUGAGGAAAGGUCACCAUGCUUGGGGCUUUUGUGUUUAGAAAAACAGGCCAGUACAGAAAGGAGCAUCAUAGAGGCGAAGAGAGUAGCAGGAGAAUAAACAUUUUCUAACAGCCUUUGUGUUCUCGAUGGGGCUCUGGAAAUUUGUCAAGCCGCAACUAAUAGGAUAGGGCUUUAGGGAGCUGGCUCGGAAAUUUGUUUGGAAAGGGUGAUAACCUCACCGCCACCCCACUCUUUCCUCUGUCUAAUCCUGUCUGCUGCAGACGUGCGGAACUCCCCUCGGGGCUUCCUGUGCUGAUUCAGAAUGUGGUGGCCUGAGCUGCCGCACAGAAGAUGGGAAAAGGAAGUGUGGAGGACCAGGCUGUGAUGGGUUGGUUACUGUGGCCCACGAUACCUGGCAGAAGGCGAUGGAUUUCGACAGAGACAUACUCAGCGCUUUGGCAGAAGUUGAACAGCUCUCCAGAAUGGUGAUUUUAUUAUUGACUGUUGUUUUUAAAAGGUAGAUCAACCAGAAUGAAUUUUAGAAUAGUAAUAAAAAGCUUAAUCAGCAGAUUGGGCAAGUCUGGACAAUUGCAAACAAAACUUCUCCCCAAAAUAAUUGGUUCUUUACAGUUUGCAUGAUCCUGCUAAGUACCCUCAUUAAAGAAAAAGGUCUGGCUUAAAUAGAGAUUCCUAUGAGUACUACACAAAGCAUCUUGGGCUGUUUAAAAUAUUGUUGUGUUUACAUCAAUUUAAGAGAGUUCUCUAACUUUUAUGAAAACCGCUCUCACACAGCUUCAAUGCUGACGAAUUGCUUUCUCAAUGUCUCUUCUUUUUAUCCCUGAGCAUUUUUUAAGAUUGUCAGAAAUAGAAAAUAAUGGCCCAUUUAUUUCACUUAGGUCUCAGAGGCAAAACAGAGAGCAGACGAAGCAAAACAGAAUGCACAAGAGGUUCUCCUAAAAACCAACGCCACCAAAGAGCAAGUGGACCGGAGCAACAAGGAUCUGCGGAAUCUUAUUAAGCAAAUCAGGGAAUUUCUGAUGAGUAAGCCUUGUUUUAAUAUGGUUAGCCUGCUGUUUUGGGACUGUUGUGAAUAAGCGCUUCCUCUUCUUAACCUAGUAUUUUAAUUAUGCACAUUUAUUCAAUUGCAUGUACUUAUAUGAGACAUUCCAAAGUCAUGCGUAAACAAAAGGGUUUUCACUUUGUGCCUAGAUUAAAUCAUUGCAACAGUUUUCUGGGGGGAAUCCCAUAGUAUCUUUCCCAUUCAAGCACCUCUCUCUUCCUUGGGACCAUGUCCUCCUUUCCUAAGUUCCCAUGCUUCCCUGUUGCUGCUGGACAGGCAGACCAAGCCUGCUUUGGGUGUGUUUCUACUUCCUUCAUUUAUGUGUCUCCUGCCUGUUCUAGCCAAUAGCUUUAUGACUGUCCCAUCCAAUUCUGGCAUCAGGGCAGCUCAGCUAAUCACCGGUAGUGACUUCACUUCUCCCACUCCAACCCUUACUGUGUUACCAUACAAAAGUGUACUGAUGAUUUGAACAUCCUCUGAAGGCAGGAAACUGCGAUGGGGCAACACGAAGAACUGCUUUUCCUCACAUUCCACGAUCAGUACACUUAGUGCUGAAGUGACUUUAUUCAUGGUACUUUGUGCGCUGAGAACCUGGAUCAAAGUAUUUGGGUUUUUCUAGGAGGAAAGUAGUUUGCAGAGUACAGAUAUAAAUCCACCCACAAAGAUUUAACUAGUGGCAACAAAGAGCAGUAAGAUCAUUAUUCUUUGAAGAAGUUGGAAUACGCUGCUCCCUUUUAACAGCAUCCAAGAUUGCUGGCCCAGAACAUGUGGAACAGCUUAUAUAACUGCUUCAGCUCAUCAUACCAGCCUGAUUAACUGCGUAGCAUCACUCCUGUACAGGCAAAAAAAUGGCUAUGCAACACGAUAGACGUUCACUUUUAGUGGAGAUAUAUAUAUAUAUAUAUAUAUAUGCAUGCAGAAACAGGAUUUUUAUCUGCUCCAUGCAGUGUUGCAUGCACAUACACUCUCUCUCUUGACUUCUUCAUCCAUAUAAGUCAUAGAAUGCAUGAGCACCUUUUGUUAUAUAAGCUACAAUGUUAUAUCAAUUGAUCAGAGAUUGAAGUAAGUUGAAUGCAGGAUGGAAUGACCUGCAUAAUUUUAACUCUCCAUAUUACUCAAAAGUAAUUUUGUCACUGACAGAAAGUUCAUUACACUUGCUAUGAUACAUUAUUGAUCAGAACCCACCACAUGCCUGAGGCCGUCAUUUAUUUUUGAUGUUACUUCCAUCUGCCAUUGCCCUUUGGCAAGAAUUCCUUCCCAAUACUCAACUGCCUGAUCAGAUGCGAGAUUCUUGAGACGUCUUAGAAAUUCAUCAAAGCUAAAGCACUUCCAAAGAGUGUGGACUUUUAUACCUUUUUUUAUUAUUAUUAAAAAGUGCCACCUGGCCCCUGUUUUUUCUUGGCUUUAUAGGAAAUAAAACGUGAUGAGGAAGGGAGCCAUCUCACUCACUGUUUCUGUUUACCAUUUCAACAGAAGACAGUGCUGAUCUGGACAGCAUUGAGGCAGUUGCUAACGAAGUGCUCAACAUGGAGAUGCCCAGCACACCUGAGCAGUUGCAAACACUUGCAGAUAAUAUUCGUGAACGGGUGGAGAGCCUUUCGGAUGUCGAGACUGUCCUACAGCAGAGUGCCGGAGACAUAGCAAGGGCAAAAACGCUGUUAGAUGAAGCUAAAAAAGCCAGGUACCAAUUUUUUACUCCCUCUUGCUCUGAAACAGGCUGUCUUUUUUACCUUUCAGCAGAAUCCUAAGAGAAUAUAUUUGUGCCCUGAAAAGCGUUCAGUAUUUAAUAAGCAUGUUGAGAAACUGGGAGUUAAGUUUAGCCUGUUGCAUAUUCUUUGAAAAGGCCAACCCAAAAGAAUCCUUUUUAAGGAGAGCCUGUUUAACACAGUCCUUUUGUAAUUAAUUUCCAUUCCAUAGUAAAAGUGCAACAGAUGUCAAAGUCACUGCAGACAUGGCGAAAGAAGCUCUGGAAGAAGCCGAAAAAGCCCAAGAUGCAGCUGAAAAGGCCAUCAAACUAGCAGAUGAAGACAUCCAAGGAACACAAGACCUACUUACCUCUGUGAGUUUCAGCCACCUAAAUCUGCUUUUGGAAGCAGAGUUAUGGCCAUGUAUGUUCUCGUGCUGUUUUACUUUUCUACAGGAUACACAAUAAUCUUAUCUUCUGGUUCAUUCUAUUAUCGCCUAAUACUAUCUGUUCCUUAAAUCAGUGUUUCAAUAUAGCUAGGCUUUGUCUAGAAAAGUACAGAAACCGAGAAAACAAGAACAGCAGAUGGUUGAUGGCUGAUUUGGGGUGGGAUGGACAAGAAGCAGAAAAUCCGUUCACCACCCUUUGUACAAAAGCAGUGGAGGUAGAAUGGAAGAAAGCCUUUGUUGCUAAUGUACUGGCCCUGUUACAUGCUCAGUCAGAUACGGUGCCACAAGCAUUAAUCACUUGCAUCCAGGUUGUUUGUCUUGCUGCCUCGAUAAUCUGAUCUUCCUUUUAUACCAUGGUAGAGGAAAUGCAAAGGUGGUCAGAAGGGGUUCCUGUGUCAGUGAUCUGUGUUGGCAGUCGGGUCCAGAGACAGAAAAGGCAAUCCAUAGGAAAGAAAUCAGUGAAAAACUCUGGCAACCCAUUUAGAGCAUUGGUUGAACCAUUAUGACUAGCCUAUCUGCACCCUGAAUUAAGAUUGCAAUUCAGCUUUUUACCCCAUAUGAUGAUGGUCUCAACAUAGCAAGCAAACUUUCAAUACUCCCCUUAUAUCAAGUUGUACAUAACAGCUGUUGGUUUAGGCAGGGAGUUGCUGGAAAUAUUAGGGGUGCGGGUGGCACUGUGGGUUAAACCACAGAGCCUAGGGCUUGCCGAUCAGAAGGUCGGCAGUUCGAAUCCCCACGACGGGGUGAGCUCCCGUGGCUCGGUCCCUGCUCCUGCCAACCUAGCAGUUUGAAAGCACAUCAAAGUGCAAGUAGAUAAAUAGGUACCGCUCCGGCGGGAAGGUAAACGGCGUUUCCGUGCGCUGCUCUGGUUCGCCAGAAACAGCUUAGUCAUGCUGGCCACAUGACUCGGAAGCUGUAUGCCAGCUUCCUCAGCCAGUAAAGCGAGAUGAGCGCUGCAACCCCAGAGUCAUCUGCGACUGGACCUAAUGGUCAGGGGUCCCUUUACCUUUUGCUGGAAAUAGGGCAUUUUUUAAGCCAUGACAGCAGCAAAACAACUCUCUGCCGCUUAAAUUACACUGCUGAAAUAAAGAAAGCUUGGGUAACAGAGAGUGGAUUUUUGUCUGGAAGGAUUGGUGAGCUGUAGUCUCAAACAUUUUUAAUUCUUAGUGUGCCUUUUGCCCCAGGCUGAUUGAGAUACCUUGGGCUUAUAGUAAAAUAAAAACUGUAGGUCCUGCAAGCGUGGUGCCUGCCCUGCCUAGAUGACAAUUGCACUUAGGCCUAUCUUGGUACUACUUCUUUCAUCCAGCUAGGCCAGAGCUUUCCAAACUUUUCAUGUUGGUGAGACACUUUUUCGACAUGCAUCACUUCUCAACAUAGUAAUUUAGUUUUACUAGGAAACACAAGCUUAAACUAACCCCUUUCCAGCCCCGGGAGGAGCGUUAAUGCUACACACCUACACACUGCAGCCGACGCACUAAUGUGUUGUGACACAGAGUUUGGAAAGCUCUGAACUAGAUAGACCUUGGUGAUAUAUGGCAGAUUGGUAGCCAUGCCCUUGCUCAAAUCAUAGGAUCUCUCUUUUCUCUUCGUAAGCUGGAUUUAGUAAUAAGCCGAAUGAGUGAUUUACUACUGAAUUCGAUUUGGGACACUGUUAACAGGCAGCAAAGCUACCAUCUACAUUCCCUUCCCCUGAAACCCCUCCUUCCUCCAAUUGCUUUGCUCACAAUUCAGUGCACCAAAAGGCAGCACAGCAACUUAACUCAAUAGGGUUUAAGCAUCUAACUGUACUUAGUUCAAAGGCUGUAAUGGAGGGGGUCACAGCUCAACAGUAGAGCAUCUGCUUUGCAUGCAGAUGAUCCCAACUUCUAUUCCCCAGCAGUGUCUCAUGGAAGUGUACUGUACAGAACAGGCAUAGGCAAACUCAGCCCUCCAUAUGUUUUGGGACUACAACUCCCAUCAUCCCUGACCACUAGUCCUGUUAGCUAGGGAUUAUGGGAGUUGUAGUCCCAAAACAUCUGGAGGGCCAAGUUUGCCUAAGCCUGGUAUAGAACAACAAAAUAAUUAUUGGACAGGGUACCCUGGUCUUCCAUUACUAAUCCCUCAUUUUUGCAAGAAGACCACAACCACCUCUUCCCACUGGGCCGGAGAAAAACUAUCAGCUGUAUAGCAGCAACAUCCCAGGUCAGUGGAAAGGAAAGGAAGGCAAGUGUCACCUCAUGCAGUUGAUGAAAGCUGGGGAAAAGAAGAGGAAAAGCAUAAGCCUGCCACAACGCAGAGACUUAACGUUUGGAAAACUUUGUAAGCUGAGCAAGUAUGUCGUUAAAGUACUGUGGUUUGGGAAGAAAUUUGUGCAUCAUGUUCUCAUUUGCAAUGCUAGAUUGAAUCUGAAACUGCAGCUUCGGAAGAAACUCUGAACAACGCCACUCUGCGCAUAGCUGAGCUAGAGAAGAACGUGGAAGUGCUUCGACAAAAGACUGCUACAAACAUAGAGGACAUUAGAGCAGCCGAAGAAACUGUUGCGACUGUGAAUCAAAGUACCACAGAUAUCAAAAGAGUAAGGCUCUCCAUUUGAAAUUACUUUCUAUGUUCUCAAGAAACAAAGGCAUUUUCUUAGGUACCAGCUUGUGUUGUCUGGUUUGCCCUCGAAUUUGUAAGUAAAAUCAGGCCUGGCCAAAGAUACUAUCAAAGCAGUUUGGCCAUAACACAAUGCAAACCACCAGACUGUAAAAAGCAUGUGCCAUUUUAACUGUUGUGUGAAGUGCAUCUCACUAUCCCAUGGAACUGAAUGAGGUUUUCUUGAGGCAGGAAUCUGACAUUCCAUUUUCAGUGGUGGUUAAAAGUGCUUCACAUCUUGAGAGCACACAUAACUUUAUGCAGCGGUGAGCUAUGCAUUCUUGCUUGCAUGGCUAUUGGGACUGUGUAAUUCCUGGGCAGGAAGCUAGCUAAACCAGGCACAACUCAGUGAGUCCUCUUACUUAGAUGGCUGGAAGCCACAUCUAGGUACAUGCUUCACCUCAAGAGCAUAGCAAGAACAGCAAAGAAUUGUUCCUGUUACGAAGGCUCCAGAUUUUCUGGCCAUGUAUAUGGGUGAUGUAAGACAGUAGUAAAGAAGCUUCACUUUGUAGGCUUAAUUAGGCCCACUAGGCCUAUUUGACUGAAGCCAUGCCCACCGUUCAGCACCUUACUUUCUGUAACAUCAGGCUCAGAACUGUGCAGUCACUGGUACCAAUUGCAUUCGGCACUUUUCUGAUGCCAUGCGGCAACAAAGUAAGGUGCUAAAUUUGAAAAAGGCAUUGAAUUAGAGCUACAGAGAAAGUACUGGAACCGUGGAGUACGCUCUCGAUUCUUCAUUUUAAGUACCACUUGAUAAGCCACCCACCUGUCAAAAGUUGACUCUGGAGGUUGGGCAGAGGCCCCCCCAUUUUGGGAUCUAAGGCAAAGCACUAUAUGGUGUUCCCCUUUCCUUGCCAAGGAAGAGGAGGUAACGAAGAUCUACAUCAGGAACAAGGGAAUAGAUAAUGGCAGGAUCUUCUGUCACUAUGGAUCCUGAUGUCUGAGGCUGUCACCUCAUCUUGCCUCAUGGGGGGCUGGGCCUGAGGAUGAGGCAGUUCUGGAUCAGUCUCACCCACUGGAUCCAGCACCUCACACCAGUGUAAUGCAAUGGCUUAUGAAAACACCUGCUUGCAGGAUUGGAUAGUCGUUUAUUUCUAUUUAAAAACAGCUGUGGCAAACAUUGUCUGUUGAAGGAAGUCUUGGUCCAUUCUUAAAAUUGGAAGUCAGCUACUGCCAAUAGGGAGCAGGACCUUUAUUUUCAUUUCCAAAAAGAGUAUGGACACUAGUGUGUGUAUCUACUCCAGCUGUGACCCAUAUUUAAAGGCUGGGAACAACAAACCACAGUUUUUUCUUCUUCUCAUGGGGUAAAGAGAGUAGAAGGGAAGGGAUGCUUUGAACGAUACUGAAAGAGAGGUCCAUUUCCAUGGACUCCACUCAGGAUGUGUGUGGUCUCUGCUCAGUAGAUCCUUAGUAAGAGUGAAAGUAGGAUGUCAAAGAAUGUUCUAUUUCUGUGUCCUGAGUAAUACUGCCACCUUGUGUCUCAAAUCGCAGGUACUAGAUAACGAUGUGGACGACAAGUAUAGGACAGUAGAAAGCUUAAUUGCCAAGAAAUCAAGCGAGUCUGCAGCUGCCAGGAAGAAAGCAGAGGCACUACAGAAUGAAGCUAAAACACUGCUAGAACAAGCAAACAGCAAACUUCAGCAGCUCAAGGGUAAAGUCCAAUAUGGAAAAAGGGGUUGAAUAUUUCUUUAGAACUGCCAUAUGUUCUCAGUUACAGCUGAGCACUCCUUCCCCACCUCCUAAGCCCAUUUCCGCAGCACCGUGACGUAAAACACCAUCAUCGCCAUCAUCAAAGACAGCUGUUUCUCCUUUUUAUUAGAAGCCUCUCACAUUCUGUAAAAGCCAAAUAACUGGGUACAAUGGGGUUUGACUUCUUUCCAAUUCCACCUUUACUUUGGCUUUCAAACUACCCAACAUGUAGUGUCUGCUGUUGGAAUAACCUGACUCUUCUCCCUCUCCCUCCCCCCCCCCCGUUUUUUCUUUCUUUGCAGAAUUGGAAAACACAUAUGAGAAGAAUCAAAGAAUUCUGGAAGACAAAGCCAAGCAAGUGGUGCAGCUGGAAGAAACAGUCCGCAGCCUCUUGCAGGCCAUCAGCCAAAAAGUUGCUGUUUACAGCACUUGCUAGUAACUGAUUGGAAAAUGGAACCAGAAAAAAAACCUUUGGAAGGGGAACAUGUAAAUCCAAAGAGAGAGAAGUCUUAAAUUGAAACUGAUGUACAUUCUUUUCAUACCUUAAGACCUGAUAAUUUGACUAAAUACCAGCUUUAAUAUCUUAAAACCAAAGACUUUCUCUUUUACUUAAUAAACAGUACUUUUGUAACAAAGCAUAUGAUUCAUUUAACCAGUGUUACAUUCAUUAUCCCGAAAUGGUAUUUUAACCCUUUUAAGUACUCUGAUAAUAAAAUCUUAAGAUGGGAAGUUAAUUUCAAUUUAAAGAGUUCUGCUUAAGAGUUUAUGAAUGCAGCUCCAGAACUUCCUCUGCUAAGUCAACAGAUGUUAGGAAAGUGAAACACUUCAUAAAGCCAUAGAGGACCAAACAUUUGCAGAAUCAGAAUGAGGGAAAAAGAUGCGUGAAACAAGACAGAAACAUAAUUUAUUUCAUUGUGUUUUGACUGUCACUGUAUCAGGUGCUUGCUUGCCUUAGCACUCCCUGGAACAAGUGCUAAUUUUUGCCUGCAAGACCUGAGUUUUGAUAUUAUGUAUUUGUACUCUUUGGAAAACAGUAGAAAAUAAAAUACCCUUUUUACAUU